AUGCAAUUUUUUUCUUUCUUCAAUUCAGGUAAUUGCCGCGUACUGGCGUUUCCGAGUUAUUUCCUAAUUGCUGACAAAUGUUUGGAGGGCCACACGUUCUUAAUUGUCCAAGAUGUCCCGGAUAUGGGUCUUUGUGAACUGCUUUGUUACAACCAACCAGACUGCGUCAGUGUUAAUUACGAGAUACAAACACAAAGACGAUGUGAACUGAACAAUUCAACACACCGAGCGCACGAUGAGGACUUUAAAGAGAGGAAAGGCUGCUUAUAUCAUGGAGCAAUUGUAAGUUUUUUGUCUUUUCUUUUCUCGUCUUCUUUUUCUUUCAUCAUCAUCAUCUUCAAGGCAAUCAUCAUCCCACUGUCGACAUCUUCAUCAUCAUCACAAUGGUCACCAUCUUCGACAUUAGAGGGAGCUUAAGCAACGACGAAGACGACCGUUGCGAAAACGUCUCUCAAAGAGUGAAUUCACGCUGUAUUAAAAUCUAUCGUUUUUAUUGCACGUCAUCAUAGGCGUACGGGCCGGGGGGGCGAGGGGGGCUGCAGCCCCCCCAAAUUUUGGGCAACUCAGAUUUUUUGGGCAGCGAGAGAAAAUUUGGGCAAAGCCAGUUUUUUAAGACGUUUCCGUGUUUUUUAAAUUAUUAUUUUGAAGAGAUAAAUAUUUUCUAUUUUAACCUGAAGUUGGCGUAAUAAUCCAGUACUGUUACAUUCACACGAGACAGUGGUUGCCUAGCACGUAAUGAGUUUCUGGUUAUAAGCGAAGGGUAUCAUGUGCUGUUUUUUUUUUACUGUUGGGUACUGUACUGCAAUGGGCUAUUUCCAGUCGUGAAUUGAUUAGAAUAAACUUCCGCCUAACUUUCUAGAAUCAUCUCCACUCGUAGAACAGUGUAUGGCAGAUAGCAUCAGCAAUGGGUCUGAAAGUGAAGAAGUGGCUGACUAAUUCUCAGUUUGAAUUACGCUAAAAAUCGUAUUUUUUUAACAAAAAAAUCUAUCGAGUAGUUUAAAGAUUUUUCACUAAUUUGUUAAAGUAGACCGAAAUGUAUACAAAACCGCUAACAAGAGCGCCAUGAUACAUACUAAAUACUCAAAUCCUUUUUUGGCCAGAGCUAUCACCAUGAUCUUUUACCCACUUUUUAAAAAAGAUUGAAACUACUAUGAGGAGAAAUUGCAUGUCAAAAGCGCUUCGUUUUCUACAGAUAGCGGCCAAACAUCAAGAUUUUCCUUUUUUACAGCAUUUCUAACGAUAGAAACUUUAUCCCAAAAUAUCUCCGCAACGCUCUUACAGAUUCCGUUUUAACUUCACGAACAUCGAGGCGACUAUUGGAGGAAAAUGCUUCCGUGAACGAUUUUGGAAGAACAGUUCCCAGUGAGAGAUGUUGCUGCAAGUAUAAUAGGUAAUGGCAUCAUGUGGUUGCUAUGAUAACUCCGAUGUUAUUGCAACCCUGAUCAUAACAAAUUUUCAUCUUUAUCUAAUACAACUGUGGUGGCAAUUUUUCCAAAUGUUUGUUUAUGGUGUCGUAGUCUAUGCUAAAAAAAAACUUCAUAGAUAUUGACCCUGAAAAACUGUCUCGAGCCACUUUCAUGUGUUAGUACGGCCUAUGUUGUUGCAUCGUACGGCCCUCGUUUCUGUUCGACGGUUUUGUAAAAAUUUGGGCAACUUGCAAGAAUUUUUUGGGCAAAUGGUUUACCGCCCCCCCUGACAAAAAAUUGCCCGUACGCCUAUGCACGUCAUUCAAUUGGUCACCAAAUGUUGGUGAGUUUUUCUGGAGUCGCAUUGUAAAGGACUGUAUCUAAGUUAAAAAAAAAAUAAUAAUAACAAUAAAAUAAAGAAUCGUUGUCUUGUGUUCACGUCCCGGUAGAAAAGGUGAAACUAAGAAGUUCCACGUGGUAGUCGUGCAACGAGCGCAGGGAAAUGUACAAAAAACGUGAUUUAGGUGCAAAGUUUUUUUUUUGCUAAUCUUAAUCUAUUUAACCUAUUUGCGUUUUCCUUGCCUUUGACGUCGUCGUUGCUUAAGCUCUCUAUAAAUAAUUAUUAUCAUCAGGAUCGAAAUAAUUACCAUUGUCGUAUCAUCAUCAUCAUCAUCUUGUAGUUUGUAGUUGACGCUCUAUCAUGACGGUUUAACGUAACUUCUUCUCUUACAAUUCAAACCUGAUUUUUGUUCUUUCAAAGAGUGCUUGUGAUACUCCCCGUUGCCAAAACAACGGUACCUGUCAGUCUGGAUUCACAGAGAAAAAAUAUCGGUGUUUAUGUCCUUCUGGUUUCACUGGUGAACAAUGUGAACAUGGUAAGCUGUUCUUGAAAAGACUUUACCUUUAUGCAAAUAAUCAAAGGUUCGUUAAUCGUAAUCAAGCUUGGGCUGUCCUUUGUCAUUUCCUACGGCAGUGUACAAAACGUUUACGUAGCGAACAUUUUAAGAUUUUGCUAGCCUCUCGUUUCAAUUGGUUUAUUAACUGUCAUACACUUUCAAAUGCUAUUUCCUUAAAUUUUUGCGUUUUGUUUCCGGUAAUCCUAAGUGUGUUUUUUGAUUAUUUGAGUUGAGUAAUUUUAGAGCUUGUUUUUGAGUAGAAACAGUUCGUAAUUGAAGGCCUUUCUUCAAGAGCAUUUCAACUCUAAACCAAGAAAACGUGAUAUGGCCUGAGCGUUGAUUAUACCUCUAGGCUCGUUGCUAGGAAGCUCACUUGAUUGAGCUCUCGAGGUAGGGGGGAAGGGGGGUGGCGGGGGGGGGGGGAGGGAGUGGGAGAAUUCCAUAUAAAAUUCUCGUCGGAAAAUUGGAAUGAAACCGGCCCCUAAAGGAAACUUACCCAAAUACCCAAAUAAGUUUUUUCGAGGGAAUAUAACGGGGCUAUAAGUUGACAUACAAGGAACAUGUCAAUGUCAAACAUCGAAACUGUGGGUCCAACCAUAACAAUUUAAUAAGUUUAUUCGUAAAAGUGAAAAAAAAAAAUGAAACAAAAACAAUAAGUCAAUGUCUUAACAGACAGAGAAAGAUGGCUUCACCUUGGAGUCGACACCAUUUUUCUCGGCUUGCUGCUAAUACUGUUAUCAUCUUCUAGUGACCUCAUCUCUUGAUUUCAUGCACUGUAGAUAAAAACGGGGAAAAGUCUAAAACACACAAUGGGAACUUAUUUUUUGCAAUUAUUGGUCAAUAUUAUUUCAGACAUCAAUGAGUGUGAAGGAGGAACUCACAAUUGCAGUUCUAAUGCGGUUUGUAACAACACCAAAGGAUUCUAUAACUGCACAUGUAAACCAGGAUAUGAAGGGGACGGAAAUAAUUGCACAGGUGAUAUUUUUCGUACUUUAAGUCAUUUUGAAUGCCAUCGAAAGCAUUGCUGUUUUUUUCUAUCAUAAGACGCUCUUUUUAUAACUUCUUUGCUAGAUAGUAGACCAUAUUACCUCAAAAAUUUAGGGGAAAGGUGAAUGCUUAACACUGACCUUGUAUUUUAAAUGUUUUGUCUACUAACAUGGCCGGCAUCAGAAACUUUGCCUUUUUGUUUUUUUUCAUACAUUUCUUUUAAAACUUUCUUCUCAGUGCUGGCCUAACUUUUUAGAAAGCUUAGAGGAAUUCACUCUGCAAACUAAUCCAGUCUCUAUUGUUCUAUAUGAUUUCAGACAUCAAUGAGUGUGAAGGAAUAACUCACAAUUGCAGUUCUAACGCGGUUUGUAAUAACACGAAAGGAUCCUACAACUGCACAUGUAAACCAGGAUAUGAAGGGGACGGAAAUCAUUGCACAGGUGAAAUUUUUCGUACUUUAGUCAUUUUGAAUGCCAUCGAAAGCAUUGCUGUUUUUAUUUUUCUAUGAUACGAUGCUCUUUAUAGGAAUUCUCUGCUAGAUAGUAGACCAUAUUACCUCAAAAUUUAAGUGCGCAGGUUAAUGCUUAGUACCUUGUAUUUUAAAAGUUUUGUCUCCUACCAUGGCCGACAUCAGAAACUUUGCUUUUUUGUUUUUUCUCAAACUUUCCUUUUCCAACUUUCUGCUUAGUGCUAGCCUCACUUUUUAGAAAGCUGAGACGAAUUCGCUCUGCAAACUAAGCCAAUCUCUAUUGUUCUAUAUGAUUUCAGACAUCAAUGAGUGUGAAGGAAAAACUCACAAUUGCAGUUCUAAUGCUGUCUUUCACAACAUCAACGGAUCCUGCAACUGCACAUGUGAACCUGGGUACUUGGGAGACGGAUGGAACUGUACAGGUGAUGAAUACACAAAUACAUAAGGGACGUUCUGGUUAAUGGGGGAAGUAUCCUGACAAAUUCGAGUUUUAUUCGUGAAAGCCGUUAAAGCAAAUUUGGAAAUAAUGACCUACUUUGGAAAUGACGCAAUACGGUGUUAACGUUAUACUAACAAUUAUGGGUGAUAAAUGACAAAAGAAUUAAAUUCGGGUGGCUCUUAUGGUAUCUUGGGAGACACAUUCAUACGCUUAGUGAAUAAAAUGGAGGGUCAGUCCAAAAAUCGAUUGCGGGUCUAUAACAAGCAAAUAAGACGACGCAGGGACAAUAAAAGGGUCUUAAUUACCUUUGCUUUUGCAAGAAAGAAUAUUUUACCUCCAGAAUAAGUAGAUUUUAAUUUUUCAUCGAUUGAGAACUCUCAGUUAUUUACAUGUAAUUUAAAACUUAUUUCAGAUAUCGAUGAGUGUCUAGUAGAUACACACCACAAUUGCAGUUCUGAUGCAUUUUGUAAUAACACCCACGGAUCCUACAACUGCACAUGUAAACCAGGAUAUGAAGGGGACGGAAAUAAUUGCACAGGUGAUAUUUUUCGUAAUUUAGUCAUUUUGCGUGCCAUCGAAAGCAUUGCUGUUUUUAUUUUUCCAUAAUAAGAUGCUCUUUAUCAAUUUUUGCUAGACAGUAGACCAUAUUACCUCAGUUCAAAUCUUAAGCGGAAAGUUUAUGACGCUUUGUACCUUGUAUUUUAAAUGUUUUGUCUCCUAACAUGGCCAGCAUCAGAAACUUUGCUUUUUUGUUUUUUCUGAUGCAUUUCUGUUACAACUUUCUUCUCAGUGCUGGCCUCACUUUUUAGAAAUCUGAGAGGAAUUCACUCUGCAAACUAAGCUUAUCUCCAUUGUUCAAUAUGAUUUCAGACAUCAAUGAGUGUGAAGGAAAAACUCGGAAUUGCAGUUCUAAUGCGGUUUGUAAUAACACCAAAGGUUCCUACAACUGCACAUGUAAGCCAGGAUAUGAAGGAGACGGAGAUAAUUGCACAGGUAAUUUCUUUCAUAACUAAGUCAUUUUGCAUACCAUCGAAAGCAUUGCUGUUUUUAUUUUUCCAUGAUAAGAGGCUCUUUAUAGCAAUUCUUUGCUAGGUAGUAGACCAUAUUGCUUCAAAAUUUUUAGUGGACAGGUUAAUGCUUAGUACCUUGAAUUUUUAAUGUUUUGUCUCCUAACAUGGCCGGCAUCAGAAACUUUGCUUGUUUGUUUUUUCUCAUGCAUUUCUUUUACAACUUUCUACUUAGUGCUAGCCUCACUUUUUAGAAAGCUGAGACGAAUUCACUCUGGAAACUAAGCCAAUCUCUAUUGUUCUAUAUGAUUUCAGACAUCAAUGAGUGUGAAAGAAAAACUCACAAUUGCAGUUCUAAUGCUGUUUUUCACAACAUCAACGGAUCCUGCAACUGCACAUGUGAACCUGGGUACUUGGGAGACGGAUGGAACUGUACAGGUGAUGAAUACACAAAUACAUAAGGGACGUUCUGGUUAAUGGGGAAGUAUCCUGACAAAUUCGAGUUUUAUUCGUGAAAGCCGUUAAAGCAAAUUUGGAAAUAAUGACCUACUUUGGAAAUGACGCAAUACGGUGUUAACGUUAUACUAACAAUUAUGGGUGAUAAAUGACAAAAGAAUUAAAUUCGGGUGGCUCUUAUGGUAUCUUGGGAGACACAUUCAUACGCUUAGUGAAUAAAAUGGAGGGUAAGUCCAAAAAUCGAUUGCGGGUCUAUAACAAGCAAAUAAGACAACGCAGGGACAACAAAAGGGUCUUAAUUACCUUUGCUUUUGCAAGAAAGAAUAUUUUACCUCCAGAAUAAGUAGAUUUUAAUUCUUCAUCGAUUGAGCACUCAGUUAUUUACAUGUAAUUUAAAACUUAUUUCAGAUAUCGAUGAGUGUCUAGUAGAUACACACCACAAUUGCAGUUCUGAUGCAUUUUGUAAUAACACCCACGGAUCCUACAACUGCACAUGUAAACCAGGAUAUGAAGGGGACGGAAAUAAUUGCACAGGUGAUAUUUUUCGUAAUUUAGUCAUUUUGCGUGCCAUCGAAAGCAUUGCUGUUUUUAUUUUUCCAUAAUAAGAUGCUCUUUAUCAAUUUUUGCUAGACAGUAGACCAUAUUACCUCAGUUCAAAUCUUAAGCGGAAAGUUUAUGACGCUUUGUACCUUGUAUUUUAAAUGUUUUGUCUCCUAACAUGGCCGGCAUCAGAAACUUUGCUUUUUUGUUUUUUCUGAUGCAUUUCUGUUACAACUUUCUUCUCAGUGCUGGCCUCACUUUUUAGAAAUCUGAGAGGAAUUCACUCUGCAAACUAAGCUUAUCUCCAUUGUUCAAUAUGAUUUCAGACAUCAAUGAGUGUGAAGGAAUAACUCGCAAUUACAGUUCUAAUGCGGUUUGUAAUAACACCAAAGGAUCCUACAACUGCACAUGUAAACCAGGAUAUGAAGGAGACGGAGAUAAUUGCACAGGUAAUUUCUUUCAUAACUAAGUCAUUUUGCAUACCAUCGAAAGCAUUGCUGUUUUUAUUUUUCAAUGAUAAGAUGCUCUUUAUAGCAAUUCUUUGCUAGGUGGUAGACCAUAUUGCUUCAAAAUUUUUAGUGGACAGGUUAAUGCUUAGUACCUUGAAUUUUUAAUGUUUUGUCUCCUAACAUGGCCGGCAUCAGAAACUUUGCUUGUUUGUUUUUUCUCAUGCAUUUCUUUUACAACUUUCUACUUAGUGCUAGCCUCACUUUUUAGAAAGCUGAGACGAAUUCACUCUGGAAACUAAGCCAAUCUCUAUUGUUCUAUAUGAUUUCAGACAUCAAUGAGUGUGAAGGAAAAACUCACAAUUGCAGUUCUAAUGCUGUUUUUCACAACAUCAACGGAUCCUGCAACUGCACAUGUGAACCUGGAUACUUGGGAGACGGAUGGAACUGUACAGGUGAUGAAUACACAAAUACAUAAGGGACGUUCUGGUUAAUGGGGGAAGUAUCCUGACAAAUUCGAGUUUUAUUCGUGAAAGCCGUUAAAGCAAAUUUGGAAAUAAUGACCUACUUUGGAAAUGACGCAAUACGGUGUUAACGUUAUACUAACAAUUAUGGGUGAUAAAUGACAAAAGAAUUAAAUUCGGGUGGCUCUUAUGGUAUCUUGGGAGACACAUUCAUACGCUUAGUGAAUAAAAUGGAGGGUAAGUCCAAAAAUCGAUUGCGGGUCUAUAACAAGCAAAUAAGACAACGCAGGGACAACAAAAGGGUCUUAAUUACCUUUGCUUUUGCAAGAAAGAAUAUUUUACCUCCAGAAUAAGUAGAUUUUAAUUCUUCAUCGAUUGAGCACUCAGUUAUUUACAUGUAAUUUAAAACUUAUUUCAGAUAUCGAUGAGUGUCUAGUAGAUACACACCACAAUUGCAGUUCUGAUGCAUUUUGUAAUAACACCCACGGAUCCUACAACUGCACAUGUAAACCAGGAUAUGAAGGGGACGGAAAUAAUUGCACAGGUGAUAUUUUUCGUAAUUUAGUCAUUUUGCGUGCCAUCGAAAGCAUUGCUGUUUUUAUUUUUCCAUAAUAAGAUGCUCUUUAUCAAUUUUUUGCUAGACAGUAGACCAUAUUACCUCAGUUCAAAUCUUAAGCGGAAAGUUUAUGACGCUUUGUAUGGCCAGCAUCAGAAACUUUGCUUUUUUGUUUUUUCUGAUGCAUUUCUUUUACAACUUUCUUCUCAGUGCUGGCCUCACUUUUUAGAAAUCUGAGAGGAAUUCACUCUGCAAACUAAGCUUAUCUCCAUUGUUCAAUAUGAUUUCAGACAUCAAUGAGUGUGAAGGAAUAACUCGCAAUUACAGUUCUAAUGCGGUUUGUAAUAACACCAAAGGAUCCUACAACUGCACAUGUAAACCAGGAUAUGAAGGAGACGGAGAUAAUUGCACAGGUAAUUUCUUUCAUAACUAAGUCAUUUUGCAUACCAUCGAAAGCAUUGCUGUUUUUAUUUUUCCAUGAUAAGAUGCUCUUUAUAGCAAUUCUUUGCUAGGUAAUAGACCAUAUUGCUUCAAAAUUGUUAGUGGACAGGUUAAUGCUUAGUACCUUGAAUUUUUAAUGUUUUGUCUCCUAACAUGGCCGGCAUCAGAAACUUUGCUUGUUUGUUUUUUCUCAUGCAUUUCUUUUACAUCUUUCUACUUAUUGCUAGCCUCACUUUUUAGAAAGCUGAGAAGAAUUCACUCUGCAAACUAAGCCAAACUCUAUUGUUCUAUAUGAUUUCAGACAUCAAUGAGUGUGAAGGAAAAACUCACAAUUGCAGUUCUAAUGCGGUUUGUCACAACAUCAACGGAUCCUACAACUGCACAUGUAAACCUGGAUACAUGGGAGACGGAUGGAACUGUACAGGUGAUGAAUACACAAAUACAUACGGGACGUUAUGGUUAAUGGGGGAAGUAUCUUGACAAAUUCGAGUUUUAUUCAUGAAAGCCGUUAAAGCAAAUUUGGAAAUAAUGACCUACCUUGGAAAUGACGCAAUACGGUCUUUAUAACGUUAUACUAACAAUUAUUGGUAAUAACUGACAAAAGAAUUAAAUUCGGGUCACGAUUAUGGUAUCUUGGGAGACACAUUCAUACGCUUAGUGAAUAAAAUGGAGGGUUUGUCCAAUAAUCGAUCGCGGGUCUAUAACAAACAAAUAAGACGACGCAGGGACAAUAAAAGGGUCUUAAUUGCCUUUGCUUUUGCAAGAAAGAAUAUUUUACCUCCAGAAUAAGUAGAUUUUAAUUUUUCAUCGAUUGAGCAGUCUCAGUUAUUUACAUGUAAUUUAAAACUUAUUUCAGAUAUCGAUGAGUGUCUAGUAGAUACACACCACAAUUGCAGUUCUGAUGCAUUUUGUAAUAACACCCACGGAUCCUACAACUGCACAUGUAAACCAGGAUAUGAAGGGGACGGAAAUAAUUGCACAGGUGAUAUUUUUCGUAAUUUAGUCAUUUUGCGUGCCAUCGAAAGCAUUGCUGUUUUUAUUUUUCCAUAAUAAGAUGCUCUUUAUCAAUUUUUGCUAGACAGUAGACCAUAUUACCUCAGUUCAAAUCUUAAGCGGAAAGUUUAUGACGCUUUGUACCUUGUAUUUUAAAUGUUUUGUCUCCUAACAUGGCCAGCAUCAGAAACUUUGCUUUUUUGUUUUUUCUGAUGCAUUUCUGUUACAACUUUCUUCUCAGUGCUGGCCUCACUUUUUAGAAAUCUGAGAGGAAUUCACUCUGCAAACUAAGCUUAUCUCCAUUGUUCAAUAUGAUUUCAGACAUCAAUGAGUGUGAAGGAAAAACUCGGAAUUGCAGUUCUAAUGCGGUUUGUAAUAACACCAAAGGUUCCUACAACUGCACAUGUAAGCCAGGAUAUGAAGGAGACGGAGAUAAUUGCACAGGUAAUUUCUUUCAUAACUAAGUCAUUUUGCAUACCAUCGAAAGCAUUGCUGUUUUUAUUUUUCCAUGAUAAGAGGCUCUUUAUAGCAAUUCUUUGCUAGGUAGUAGACCAUAUUGCUUCAAAAUUUUUAGUGGACAGGUUAAUGCUUAGUACCUUGAAUUUUUAAUGUUUUGUCUCCUAACAUGGCCGGCAUCAGAAACUUUGCUUGUUUGUUUUUUCUCAUGCAUUUCUUUUACAACUUUCUACUUAGUGCUAGCCUCACUUUUUAGAAAGCUGAGAAGAAUUCACUCUGCAAACUAAGCCAAUCUCUAUUGUUCUAUAUGAUUUCAGACAUCAAUGAGUGUGAAAGAAAAACUCACAAUUGCAGUUCUAAUGCUGUUUUUCACAACAUCAACGGAUCCUGCAACUGCACAUGUGAACCUGGGUACUUGGGAGACGGAUGGAACUGUACAGGUGAUGAAUACACAAAUACAUAAGGGACGUUCUGGUUAAUGGGGGAAGUAUCCUGACAAAUUCGAGUUUUAUUCGUGAAAGCCGUUAAAGCAAAUUUGGAAAUAAUGACCUACUUUGGAAAUGACGCAAUACGGUGUUAACGUUAUACUAACAAUUAUGGGUGAUAAAUGACAAAAGAAUUAAAUUCGGGUGGCUCUUAUGGUAUCUUGGGAGACACAUUCAUACGCUUAGUGAAUAAAAUGGAGGGUAAGUCCAAAAAUCGAUUGCGGGUCUAUAACAAGCAAAUAAGACAACGCAGGGACAACAAAAGGGUCUUAAUUACCUUUGCUUUUGCAAGAAAGAAUAUUUUACCUCCAGAAUAAGUAGAUUUUAAUUCUUCAUCGAUUGAGCACUCAGUUAUUUACAUGUAAUUUAAAACUUAUUUCAGAUAUCGAUGAGUGUCUAGUAGAUACACACCACAAUUGCAGUUCUGAUGCAUUUUGUAAUAACACCCACGGAUCCUACAACUGCACAUGUAAACCAGGAUAUGAAGGGGACGGAAAUAAUUGCACAGGUGAUAUUUUUCGUAAUUUAGUCAUUUUGCGUGCCAUCGAAAGCAUUGCUGUUUUAUUUUUCCAUAAUAAGAUGCUCUUUAUCAAUUUUUUGCUAGACAGUAGACCAUAUUACCUCAGUUCAAAUCUUAAGCGGAAAGUUUAUGACGCUUUGUAUGGCCAGCAUCAGAAACUUUUUUUUUGUUUUUUCUGAUGCAUUUCUUUUACAACUUUCUUCUCAGUGCUGGCCUCACUUUUUAGAAAGAUGAGAGGGAUUUACUCUGCAGACUAAGCUUAUCUCCAUUGUUCAAUAUGAUUUCAGACAUCAAUGAGUGUGAAGGAAAAACUCACAAUUGCAGUUCUAAUGCUGUUUGUAAUAACACCAAAGGAUCCUACAACUGCACAUGUAAACCAGGAUAUGAAAGAGACGGAGAUAAUUGCACAGGUAAUUUCUUUUUCAUAACUAAGUCAUUUUGCAUACCAUCGAAAGCAUUAUUGUUUUUAUUUUUCUAUGAUAAGAUGCUCUUUAUAGCAAUUCUUUGCUAGGUAAUAGACCAUAUUGCUUCAAAAUUGUUAGUGGACAGGUUAAUGCUUAGUACCUUGAAUUUUUAAUGUUUUGUCUCCUAACAUGGCCGGCAUCAGAAACUUUGCUUGUUUGUUUUUUCUCAUGCAUUUCUUUUACAUCUUUCUACUUAUUGCUAGCCUCACUUUUUAGAAAGCUGAGAAGAAUUCACUCUGCAAACUAAGCCAAACUCUAUUGUUCUAUAUGAUUUCAGACAUCAAUGAGUGUGAAGGAAAAACUCACAAUUGCAGUUCUAAUGCGGUUUGUCACAACAUCAACGGAUCCUACAACUGCACAUGUAAACCUGGAUACAUGGGAGACGGAUGGAACUGUACAGGUGAUGAAUACACAAAUACAUACGGGACGUUAUGGUUAAUGGGGGAAGUAUCUUGGCAAAUUCGAGUUUUAUUCGUGAAAGCCGUUAAAGCAAAUUUGGAAAUAAUGACCUACCUUGGAAAUGACGCAAUACGGUCUUAACGUUAUACUAACAAUUAUUGGUAAUAACUGACAAAAGAAUUAAAUUCGGGUCACGAUUAUGGUAUCUUGGGAGACAAAUUCAUACGCUCAGUGAAUAAAAUGGAGGGUUAGUCCAAUAAUCGAUUGCGGGUCUAUAACAAACAAAUAAGACGACGCAGGGACAAUAAAAGGGUCUUAAUUGCCUUUGCUUUUGCAAGAAAGAAUAUUUUACCUCCAGAAUAAGUAGAUUUUAAUUUUUCAUCGAUUGAGCACUCUCAGUUAUUUACAUGUAAUUUAAAACUUAUUUCAGAUAUCGAUGAGUGUCUAGUAGAUACACACCACAAUUGCAGUUCUGAUGCAUUUUGUAAUAACACCCACGGAUCCUACAACUGCACAUGUAAACCAGGAUAUGAAGGGGACGGAAAUAAUUGCACAGGUGAUAUUUUUCGUAAUUUAGUCAUUUUGCGUGCCAUCGAAAGCAUUGCUGUUUUUAUUUUUCCAUAAUAAGAUGCUCUUUAUCAAUUUUUGCUAGACAGUAGACCAUAUUACCUCAGUUCAAAUCGUAAGCGGAAAGUUUAUGACGCUUUGUACCUUGUAUUUUAAAUGUUUUGUCUCCUAACAUGGCCAGCAGCAGAAACUUUGCUUUUUUGUUUUUUCAAAUGCAUUUCUUUUACAACUUUCUUCUCAGUGCUGGCCUCACUUUUUAGAAAUCUGAGAGGAAUUCACUCUGCAAACUAAGCUUAUCUCCAUUGUUCAAUAUGAUUUCAGACAUCAAUGAGUGUGAAGGAAAAACUCGGAAUUGCAGUUCUAAUGCGGUUUGUAAUAACACCAAAGGUUCCUACAACUGCACAUGUAAGCCAGGAUAUGAAGGAGACGGAGAUAAUUGCACAGGUAAUUUCUUUCAUAACUAAGUCAUUUUGCAUACCAUCGAAAGCAUUGCUGUUUUUAUUUUUCCAUGAUAAGAGGCUCUUUAUAGCAAUUCUUUGCUAGGUAGUAGACCAUAUUGCUUCAAAAUUUGUUAGUGCAAACUAAGCCAAUCUCUAUUGUUCUAUAUGAUUUCAGACAUCAAUGAGUGUGAAGGAAAAACUCACAAUUGCAGUUCUAAUGCGGUUUGUCACAACAUCAACGGAUCCUACAACUGCACAUGUAAACCUGGAUACAUGGGAGACGGAUGGAACUGUACAGGUGAUGAAUACACAAAUACAUACGGAACGUUAUGGUUAAUGGGGGAAGUAUCUUGACAAAUUCGAGUUUUGUUCAUAAAAGCUUAAAGUAUAUUUGGAAGUAAUGACCUACCUUGGAAAUGACGCAAUACGAUCUUGACGUUAUACUAACAAUUAUUGGUGAUAAGUAAAAAAAAGAAUGAAAUUUCAGGUCACGAUUAUGGUAUCUUGGGAGACAAAUUCAUACGCUUAGUGAAUAAAAUGGAGGGUUAUCCAAAAAUCGGUUGCGGGUGUAUAACAAACAAAUAAGACGAUGGAGGGACAAUAAAAGAGUCUUACCUUUGCUUUUGCAAGAAAGAGUAUUUUACCUCCAGAAUAAGUAGAUUUUAAUUUUUCAGCGAUUGAGCAUUCAGUUAUUUACAUGUGAUUGAAAACUUAUUUCAGAUAUCAAUGAUUGUGUGGCAGAUACACACAAUUGCAGUUCUGAUGCAUUUUGUAAUAACACCCACGGAUCCUUCAAUUGCACAUGUAAACCUGGAUUUACAGGAGAUGGAGAAAACUGUGCAGGUAAUAUUUUCAGUGGUACGUCUCUCUGUUCUCUUAUGACAGCAGAAACUUCAUCAUAUUUCUUCCAUUCUCUGUUACAAACUUGCUUGCUUGCUAUAAGAAUGCAACGACAGAGGUGGAUCUAGGGGAGGUGGAUUGAAAGGUUAGCCAUCCCCCCUCUUUUUUAGCCGACUUACUUGUGUUUGUUGUCUCUUGUUAUGCGUGUUAUCGUGUACAGCAGAGAGAGAACAUGUUUUUAAGGUUGUAAUGUUAUCAUUUCUCUAUUUUGUGGCGUUGUAAGAAUUUGCGGUGUUACAGGUUCCUAUAUUCAUCCUUCCUCAACUGCAACGUUUUGGGGACGCCAUUGGACAAGUUACCGGUAUCACCCACUCCCUCCUAGCUCAUAAAAUCUUGGAUCCGCCCAACUGAACGAAAGCCGAGUGACGGGUGGGAGGAAUCACAUUGCGUACUAAGCAAACUAUUUGUGGUGUUCAAUAAUUUAUUAUUUCAGACAUCGACGAGUGUGAAGCAGACAUUCACGGUUGCGGUUCUGAUGCCAUUUGUAACAACACCCACGGAUCCUUCAAUUGCACAUGUAAACCUGGAUAUAAAAGAGAUGGAAAAAACUGCACAGGUAAUUUUCUUUUUAGUGUCUGGUCUGCUCGCAUGGCAUCAAAAGCUUUGUGUUUGUUUCCUUGUUUGCUUUAUUUUCUUUUAUUUCCUCAACAACUUUCUUCCUCUGUAUCUAAACAAAAAAGGGAAGUACAUUAGUACCGUUGUCUAGACAGCUGAUAGGAAUCCACCGUGCCAACCUAGUUUAUUGUCAUUGAUGUUCAACAUGAUUUCAGACAUCAAUGAGUGUGAAGAAGGAACGUACAAUUGCAGUUCUAAUGCGGUUUGUAAUAACACCAAAGGAUAUAAUUAGUAUAAUUACAUUGAUGAUUAUUCAAGAAAAAAAUAAUAAAAAUAGGCAAAUUUUUGAAAGAUUUUGGGGCUUUAAGAUGUCGGUCGAGGGCGGCUCUGAUCGACAACAAGCUGGUUUUCUUAUAAUAGCUGCUGUUUUCUAUUUCAGGUGUGAACUCUCGCCGCUGUUGAAGCCAUUCUGUGGAAAAAAAUAUUUCGCAAAAGUUACUAAAAGUUGCCGACACUUUGAAGCAAAAAAAAUGUCAAUAAACAUACCAGUUUUCAAUAAAUUGUGUUACUUGCAAAAGAGAAAUUUUAUCAACUUACCUCGAAUAGUUUGACUCCAAAUUUUGUUGCAUCAAUAUAAUUAUUCUAAAGACAGUUAGACCUAAUUUGAUAGGUGUUUAGCGACAAUAUUCCGGGCCUGAAUUCUUUACACAGUUUCUUAUACAGUGUCAUGCUUGCAAUACAGUAUAUAAAACGCACAUAUUAUUGUUGACUUUAUAAGUGGUAAAGUAGCCAUAUCCUGCCAAUGAAAUGUCCAAUUAACACGCAGUGCUUAAAUGUCAUGUCUUCCAGCUUAUAAGAACUGCGCUGAACUGUACAAAGCUGGAAAACGAACAAGUGGAGUUUACAAGAUCGACCCAGACGGUGCUGGUGCCUUUGGCGUGUACUGUGACCAAACAACGGCUGGUGGGGGGUGGACAGUGUUCCAGAAGAGACUGAAUGGCUCGGUUAAUUUCCACCGCUGCUGGAACGAUUACAAAAGAGGGUUCGGAAAUCUGAAUGGCGAGUUUUGGCUCGGACUGGACAAAAUUCACCGCCUGACAAAAACUAAAAGCAAACUUCGAGUGGAUCUCGAGGUCUUCCAAAAAAACACGGUUUAUGCCGAGUACAGCCACUUUGCUAUAACAGACGAGAGCAGCAAAUACAAUCUGAGCCUUGGAACUUACUACGGUAAUUAUAUUGAUUAAAAAUGGAGUUCGGGGAAAAGUCUUAUAAAGGCCCAAGUUAAUGCUAAUGAUUUUGACGUUAAAGAAAUAAAUACCCAGCACAUAGAUACAACUAGCCCCACAUACAGUGAAAUAUGUAAUAAUCACACCGCUAUCCUAAAAUAAGAGUAAAACAAAUUCACUUAAUAUAAUAUAAUAUGGAGCGUUAGAGUGAUUUUACUUCGACCAUGAAAACGGAUUCAAUGCUUCCCGCUGUUUUUAGAUCUUAACCGUCGUAUUAAAAAUCACAGUUAUGUGGAGAUAAAUUUAAGGAAAGGUCGUUUCUUCCAAUUUCAUUUUCCAGGGAAUGCUGGCGACUCGCUAAGUUAUCACAGAGACUCUCCUUUCUCCACAAAAGAUCGAGACAAUGACGGAUGGUCUGGCAGUAACUGUGCUACAACUUACAAGGGGGGUUGGUGGUAUUGGAAAUGUCUUCAUUCCAACCUGAACGGCCUCUAUCAUCGCGGGAGACACUCUUCAUUUGGUGAUGGUGUGAGAUGGUUUUACUGGAAGGGAUUUUACCUCGUAUACUCCGCAAAACGAGCUGAAAUGAAACUCAAACCAGUCAACUUCUAAACCAACAAACAGCAGUUGUCAGUGCUUAUAUCUGCUUGAUUUGCAAUGGUCGUUUAAAUAACUUAGCUGUAACACAUUUUGUUAGACUGCUGCUGAAAUGAUAAAUGAAGCAUAACAAACUAUUGUCACAGAUUUGAUGAAAAAAAAAAAAAGAAGAAGAAAAAACCUGUAAAAUAAAAGAUGUUACAGUUGGCUUUCACAAUUUACGAUAUUGUUACUUAUUUAUACUAACUGCCACUGAACUUUAUGGUUUAUUUUUUGAUACUUGCUAUAUAAGUAUAUGCUUUAUGGCUCAGUCAAUUCCAAUGCGGGACAUUUGUCAGUUCUUCUAGAGACAGUUAUCAUUCUUCCUUUGUCAAUAUUUCACUUUAAAGUAUGCCUUUUUUGAUAGUUACUGAUAUUUUCAUAAAGAAUAUUUUUACAUGUAACACAUAUGCUUUGAAAAGAUGCGUGUAGUUUUUGUUUCAUUACCAUCAUAUGUUCAUACAGUAUUUUUUGCAUCCGGAGUCUAAGGAACUGCUUCCCGCGAUCUAGCCAACGUGAUCAGUUCGCACAUGGAGGAAAAACAAUCAAUUCAUUGUUUAAAGGAAAAGGCACUUUCUUUGUGAGCGAAUGGUAGAGGUAGAGAGGCCUAGAAAAACUAUGGGAGAUAUUUGAAAGCUAAUAUAAACUUCGUGUUUGAAUGAUUAAUGCGACGACGUUGACGGGACGGGUCCUUCGUGAUGACAAAAUAAUCUUGUUUAAAUAAGAAAGGUGUUAUUAAAGUUGUAGUUUAUAGUUUUGUCAUUGAUGUGAAUGGGAGAGGAUAAGUCUUUUUUUGCAAUAAUUAUAACUGGCGGCUAGGAACGAUUUCCGUGGGUGUUUCACGCGUUUUGAUCAGAUUAUUACAGAUGUCCAUUAAACUUAUUAAAUAAGGCAUUUGCAGCUUAUUUAAUGGAAAAUACAAUUUUAGUGCUGCCCCUGGGUGGGGCAUUUGCCCACUUUUUUAUGCUCCACCGUGGGGUUUUUGGAUGAACCGCCCGGCCCCACCGUUGGGCAUUUGCAGCUUUUCCAAAAGAAAAAAUAAGAAUAAUAAAAAAAAUAAUAACAAAUACCCGGAGGAUGGGGGGUAUGGGCACGCUUGGAAUUGCCUGAACCAUUAUUGACCAAACAGAAGGUCAAGAUGGCUGAAUAUUGGCCGAGUUCCCCUUUCCGUCUUUAUUGACCGAGACGAGGCCAAUAUACAGCCAUGAUUUGAUCGAACAAGCUCGGCUUGAUCAAAAAAGGUUUUAUUAUUUGGCCAAAAAGACAGCAUUUUCUUGGGGACCGACGGGAAAAAUCCCGAGCCCGCUUAGUUAGCUAAUAAGAACGCAGGAUUCGUUUCAUCUUGCCCACUGACGGAUUCAGCCAUAUAGUAAUUGAACACUAAGUUCACGAGUAAAUUACAGCCUAGAGUUCUUUUGUUUAUCUUGCGCUCUCAUAUGCGAUAGAGGUGUAGAAACUUUUAGGAAGCGCAUUACGAUCAACAAAAAUAAAGCUUUCAAGGGAUUUUUCACUUUACCAAAAAAAGGUAACUGAUACAAGUACGUGCAUUGCAGAUCAACUACUCAUUAAAGAGAUUAAGAGUCACGUUUAAUUUAAUUUUUUAAUUUAAUUCAAUAUUUAUCCAGGGGCAUCCAAUAUAGCAGAGCUAGUUUAAAUGAUGCCCUGACAAAACACAAAAACAAAGACAUUAAAACAUUAAAAUUAGACAAUUAAUUAAGUUAAGACAACAUGCAACGCAGGUGUUACUGUUUAAAGUGGCGCUUUAGCUUUAUUUUUAAUUCACUGAGGGUAUCUACUUGUCUAAUGAUUCUCGGUAGGGUUUUGUAGGUACAAGCACCGUUUAUUCUGAAUCUACCUUGGUAUUUGGUAGUUUUUGCGAAGGGAGGGCGCAGCAAAUCACGACUUCUGGUGUUAUAGCCAUGAAAAAGGUGCGCGUGUCUAAACUCUGAAAGUAAGUACGAAGGCGCUAUUCCGUGAAGACACUUAUGGACUAGGACGCAUUUGAGAUAAUUUCUGCGUGCUUGUAGGCUAAGCCAGCCAAGUGUUGAUUUUAACUCCUCAGCCCCGAAAGAUCGACCUUCAAUAAUACAUGCGGCGCGUCUAUUUAGCUUAUCUAGAUAGGCUUUGCUCCCAACCCAACAACUGCCCCAGACAGGCGAACAGUAAUGGAACAAUGGCAGGACUAAAGUAUUGUAGAGCAUUUGACAAGUUGGUUUUGGAAGAACCUUACGCGCUCGACGCAGAAUACCUAAUCUAAACGAGAUCUUGUUAUCGAUAUAUUCUACGUGGUCCUUCCAAGAUAGGGUGUUGUCUAGGAGGACCCCAAGAUAUUUAAACUUGUUAACUCUCUGUAAACGCGUGUUACUGAUUUGCCAAACGGCAGACGUCAGAUUCAAGUUGAGAAUUUAUCAGAAUAGAAAAUAAGCAGAUAAAAACUGUCCAGAGCAAUUCUUUAUGUAUAAAACUGGCGUGACACUACUUAUUUUUUAAGUUGAAGUAAUAAACAGUUAACGACAAUUAUGGGAAAAACUUGGUCACGUGGUACAAAUUCACGUUUGCCGUUUGGCGUAAACGUGAAUCUUAAUCUCUGUAUUGCGCAUAGUCCCACUGAAUUAAGACCUGAAGAUCGAACAAGGAUUUGUUUCGUCGUCACAGUAAACUGCUGUCUAUAAAUAAAAGGUUUAUUUAAGUUUAUUAUGUCGACAUUUCUUUGCCAUUUCACCCACUGAAGGUAUCUUUUCAGCGUUUUGGUAUUGUCACGUGAACUAUUUCAAGAAAUAACUUGUAACUUCUGUUUCCCUUUCACUCGGAAAAGAUACCUGAUGAAAGAACAACAAAAACACAAAGAUCAAGAUCAAGAUCAACAGAAAUUGAAAGUUUGUCUAAAGAAUGGGAAUAUUUAUCAGCAGGGUAUCAAAUAACGGCUAAAUAAAGAGACGAUUAUUUAAUAUGUUGCUGGUUUUCAGUGUCACGCCAUUAAAAAUAGAUCAAAAUAAAAAUCAAAACCGUUCAAUAGAUAAAGUUCAGAAUCUGGGAAAUGAAAGGAGGUACAUAGACCCUCGCCAAGAUUCAGGUUAGAGGAAUAUUUCGUAUACGAGAUAUCCGAAGAAAUGUUUUACCCAAACUUAUAGAGAUUUGUAUGGAGACGCCAUGCUGGUGCUCACCUGGAUGAGCUCCAACAUGGCGGACGGAACCCAACAGAAACAUCUGCGAUCUUUCACCCUUUUUUUGCUACAAAAGCGUGAAUUUAUUCUUCGAGAAACUCAUAAGCAUUAUGGUAAUUCUUGUUCUAAUACACGAACUGUUUAGAUUGCAAAAUUUCUUGAAAUACGUCAUUUUUUUAACCUACAUGACAGCUCUCUUGGCCGUCAUGUAAAUGCCGCGUCACGCAAAAGCUUAGAAAUUCAAGCGUACUCUAUCACAAACCCGAGAACCCUUUUGAAGCGGAAAUUUGUGUGAAAAUUAAUUUUCAGCUGCUCUAAUACAUCGUGAAAGUAAAAUCUCGGUAGGAUCGAUAGUUUCUAAGUUUGAAUUUUAGUGAGGUCAUGUGAAAACCAACAAUACUUUCUCCUCGAUGUUAUUGAAAUUUCCGCCUAUGAUAAAUACUAUAAUAGUUCUAUUUUUGGAAAAGCUCUGAAACGUAUUAGCUCACGUCCCUAUGUCAGAGAGGGAGAGUGUUAAAUGAAGAAGUCGAGAGGUAAUUAACCAGCGAGCCAGCUCUCUACAUUCAAGGAAGGGGGGAGUGGGUUAGGUUUAGGAGGCGCGAGCGGGAGAAAAAAAAAAGAAAAGGAUGAUUACGUGCGGUUACACAUACCAUGGUAAAAGGUCUUUCCUGUCGUAAAAUUGCCCGGUAAAUAUUUACUCUGGUAAACUUUACCAAGGUGACUUACGGUUACACGUAAAAAUAUUUUCACGCAAUUACUUUCCCGGGAAAUACUUGAAGGACUUUCAGUGCGAGCAGGAUUUUGGAUUUCAAAAAACUGUUGAUACCCAGGAUAAAAGACAUAAUACAAAUGAUCCAGGCUGAAUUUCUGAAAUUUCAGAAUCAAGUGAAGGCAAGUGACUGAAUCCAAAUUCGAAUUUGUCCUACCAAAAAAAAAAAAAAAGACAUACGUUUGCUCAAAUUAUCUGGUAUGUAAGCAAACGAUUUCAAAUGUUUCUCUGAAGACAAUUUUGAAAUAGGGGGGCUCUGGCGGCGAGGCGAGAAAAGGAAGGAGAGCUUGCAAAUACGUCUCUGGAAGUUGAAUUUCUGUAUUGAAAAAGUCGAGUGAAAUGGUGAUUGGCGGAGAUGACAUUAAAAAUGAGCCUUGCAAUUGGCGCGUACUUUCACGUAUUUUUCAAUGUUUGUUUACAUUCCAGCUCGUUUUCUCUUUGCGCUGAUUGGCGGAAAUCUUCGAGCUCAGUCGACGGGAUGCCACAGUGAGGUGGAAUUAAAAUUUCAGAGACGCAGUUACAUUAGCUCUCCCUCCUUUUUCCCCCCUGCCGCCAGAGCGCCCCGGAGAGCUUGCUCGCAGGCUAUUAAUGAGUCUAAAUCCACUCUCUUUAUUUCCGUCAUUGAUUUACCGUCAUUAUAACAAAUUUCAUGUGAAGGAGUUAAAUUUUAGGACUUAAUGUCUGUCAUUAAACUUCCUGUUAUUUACUAACUAGACUGAAAAUACUUAAUGGGGAAAACCAGGGAAAUGAGAGGAAAAAGUAUUUUAGGCUUUUUAUAGAAAAGACAUUUUUCUAAUUACUACGUAACAAGUUUUUUUCUAUAUCAUCAAAACAAAAAUAAUAGUUUCCAAUACGUUUGGCUCUUGGAAUGUGCGAGCAAAGCGAGCGCCUAUUUCUUCAUGAUAUCGAAUCCAAUCACAAAAAUUUCUCAAUUUUCACCAAAACCGGCUUGAUCUCUGUGAUUUUAGGCCCUCGUCAUUGAUAACUUCACGAAGUUUACGCAUUUUGAUGAUUUACAGUAUCGUAUCCAGGCUAAUCGAGGCGGGCGGGCAGAGGAAAACAUAAAGUACACAUUCACUUGGAAGAAAAGAGAAGUAAAAAUAAGGGCAAAAAUGAGCGCCGAGGGUCUCUUUCGAAAAAACACAAUACCCUAUUGCAUUUAAUCGAAUGAGCGCCACCCUGAAUAACGUUGCCUUCUUUAAAUCCAAAAGCAAUAGCGCCGCGGCGCUCUUUCAAAAAUACAAUGUUUUACUGCAUUUAAUCGAAAAGGCACCGACCUCAAACAAGAGUCGCGUAUUUUAUAAAUAAAAACCUUGGCACUGUUUCGAAUAAACAUAUUUCUCUCCGGCAUUCAACCCAUUCAAGCGAGAGUGCCGCAUUUCCCAGCAAUACAGCAGCGCUUAUUAAUUUUUGUUUAUCGAACCUUUUAAUAUGUUGAUUAUCAUUGCUGAUGUAAGCUUGAAGCAUACUGAUGUAAAUAUAAACCUUGUUUUGUUUUGGACUUCCAUUUCUUAUAAAGAGUAUAGUAUUUAAAUAAUGAUGAAAAUAAAUAAGUAUAUAUUCCCAGAAACAACUUCAAAUUUUGUUUAUCGUACGUGAUACAACCAAUUAAUGAUCAAAAUCUAUUAUCUAAGUCGAAUUACAAGGUCUGCAAGGGUGCUUUAAUAUUAAACUUCAGUGAAUGAAAAUUUGCGCACACUAAAUUGUAAAAAAAUCGGAAAUAGCGAAAAAAGACGUUAGUGAGCGCCCGCUUAUCAGACAAGAAAAAUUUGUAGAAUAUUGUAUUUUUCGAAGCGCUUAUUGAUUUUCGUACUUAAAUUUGAGGACGGCGCUCUUUCGAUUAAAUGCAAUAGAAUAUUGUGCUUUUGAUUUUCGAAGGAGCGCCGUGGAGCUUAAAUUGAGGGCGGAGCUCCUUCGAGUUUGGAUAGUAUUUGACGUUUUUAUUACAUUUGAGGGCUUUAUUACAUUUGUAGUCAGUUAUUACAUUUGUGCAAGAGAGAUAAAGGGGACAGAGAAGGCAUCCCCCAUACACACCCUAUUCCAUAGGUAAUUCGUCUCGAGUUAUUUUUAAGAGACACAGAUCCAAAGGGGUAUUAGACAACAGCCAAUCACAUAGCGUGAAUGUGUUCCGCGUGGAUGACCCACACUCAGAGCCACGCGUCCUUUCCGAAGUGAAGCAGAAAAAAAUGGCGGAAGACUCGAAGAGAAAUGGAAAUUAAAAAAUAAUCGCCCUUCCUCUCUCGUAUAGAGCUAACAGUGCAGCAGGGAAACCCUUAACACACUGAAUAUUCUCUCAGGAUCAUUUAUAAUUUACACUUUGGAGAGAGCAAUUUCUGGUUUGAUAUUUAUUCUUCUAUUAGUCUUUUAUUAUUCAACAAAAAUAACACUUGGCGUCCUACUUGCUUUAUUGUACAAACGACCGGUUUCAAUAGACCGGCGAAAUUUCUCAUUUUAUUAAAGCACUGAGGUUGCGACAACUUCGAGUUAAACUGAUUUCAUGGGUUGUCAAAGAGUCCAGCGAUUCCCUUUUCCCAGGUGAGUGCUGACUCAUUUCGCCUCAAUAUUCAGAAAUGCUUUCGAUGUCUUUCUCUUCUAUAGAGCUAACAGUACAGCAGGGAAAUCCUUAACACACUGAAUAUUCUCUCAGGAUCAUUUAUAAUUUACAGUUUGGAGAGAGCAAUGCUUUCGAUGUCUUUACAAUUUCAUUGCCUUUCGCCCGACAUGUUUUGCACGGCGUUUAGUCAUGUGAAUCCUCCACGAAACAUCCACUUGGCGCGCGAGGUAACUUUAUCCCGAUUCUAAAAAUAACUCGAGACGAAUUACCUAUGGAAUAAGGUGUGUAUGGGGGAUGCCUUCUCUGUCCCCUUUAUCCUCUCUUGAUUUGUGGCUUCAACAUAUGUUUACCUACUUCCUUAGCGAGAGGCCGUCACAUGUAACGCAUUUAUUUCGUGACGUGAGGUAAAGUGUUUUGCGUAACGCAUCUUUUCAGGGCACUUGAUUUUCCAACUUAUCCGUACAGUUUACGCUUGUCAGUUAGGCCAUCCUUCCCGAACAUUCUGAAAAAACAACUUUCAAAGUGUCAUAUUUCGUCCAGGUGCUGGUCUGAGGCUGGUAAAUGUUACCAUGACGGCGUUAACAAAGAAAUCUGAUUCAGUUUUUAGUUCUCUCAGACUCUCUUUCUCGGGAGACUUCCCAGGGCCUCGGGAGAGCGCAUCUGCAGUGUAGCGUAUUUUCCCUGGAACAUUGUAAUGUUAAACUGCAUCACCGGUAAGCGGAACCUUUAGAUCCUUAGUAGGAGCUCGUCAAUUAUAAUAUAUCGAUAGGAAGUGACGUUGACUUUUUGAAUGUAAUUCAGAAACUAGUCUGUCUCUUAGGGCUUGAGAUAGAAAUUCACCGAAGCUGCAGCUCGAAGCCAAUUUCUUCAGUCUAACGACGAAUUCUGAUACACUCUCGCUCCUUGUGACGCAGUCCAGAACUUGUGUCUUUCAGCAAUAACAAUGGGAGCAGGUUCGUAGUGUCUCUGCAAAAGCUGCGUCAACCGUGUAAACGUCUUUGUAUUCGGAUUUUCUGGACCGCACAAAUUCUUCAAUAACUUGUAAGCGUCUGGACCAAUAACAGCCAGAAAAACAUUCACUUUUUUUGUCAUCGUCGAUGUCAUUCGCCGCAACAUAUUCUCAAAUCGAUCGGCAUAAUCACUAAAUUUCUCGGACCUCUCGUCAAAAGGACCCAAAUUUUACCAAUGAUUACAGCCAUGUGUACACUCUGUUUACAUUGAGGAUCCCAUCCUCGUCGCCAGUUCUGUAUUCUGAAGGAUUUUAGAAGCGAACAAUUAGGAACAAAUAGACACACGUGCGUAUACCAAGAACAUAUUUGGCAACUGUUUAUGUCACCCUCUUACAUCACGUGACCAAUACUACCCAAAAUACCACAAACGCGAGGGCAGUAAAGCCACUUUCAUGGUUCAAGUCUGCAGUGUUGUACUUCCGGUCCGUACCAAGAUAAUGCUGCAACUCUAAAGUGGUGUAAGGCCUUUUCCAAAGCCACUGCCUGAUUUCCACUGCGUUUACAUCAUCUGAAGGUGGCUUCUCGUCUGUACAGGCUAAGAAGUAUAGGUUGAACAUGUUUGGAAUGCUCUGUAUUGACAGUAACUUCAUACCUAGUGUAGACUGGUAAAAUUGAAGCCUUCGAUUGAUAUCAGAAACACGAAGAGUGAUUUGCCCGAUGUGCGCUUGCUGCCCAAGCGCCAGGUUCGGUUCAAGAGAAGCUUGUACGCGCUCAGAACUAAAAUUAGACUGGAAAUCAUGUUGCAGCAGCUCUAGUGAAAAUCCAAACGGGUCCCUAAAGUGGCACAUGUAUCCGAUAUCCCGGAACUGUCUUGGAGAAGUGACCUCCACGUCCUGACGUAAAAGCUUUGAACGAGCUGUGUCUACAUCUGCAAGUGAUAAUCCUAUUUUUAGUAAAUAUCAGACGAUGGUUGCGAAUUGUAGUACUUUGGUGGUGUAGAUUGCUUGAGAGACGAGCGAAAUUCUACAACCGCUGAUUGCGGCGCGUUCUGAUAACCAACCCAGUGUAUCAGCUCCUUUUCACUCUUUAUUUUUUUAAUGACACUCAUUCCCAGUCGAUUGCAAUACCACUCAAUAAGUCCGGCAACAGCCGAUGCAUCCACAUGUAGUCGAGGAAAUGCCAACUUCAUUACGAUUUUGGAGGUAAAAGAAGUUUUUAAAUGGACGCUUCCUUGUUGCACCUCUGCUGACCGCUGAGGGACUGGGACCAACCCUACCAGGCCACAGACUAACCAAACUCUAUGCGCUCGCGUUCUAAUUUUGGACGGACCAACGGACUGGCCUCAUAAAAGCUCUACGUGAACACUGUACGUUUUUCAGGGUCCUGUGGCUAAACAUUCGAGUCCCGCUUUGCUGACAUUUGAUCCGCUUAAUACGACUGCUUGGUUUUUACGGGACAGCUUUCUUUGUCCCUGGACAAAGACGUUCCAUUUUAGCCCCCAUUAUACGGACACCUGUUAAUUACUUUUUUCUACUCCAACAGCCAUAGGUUCCCGACUCCGAUCAAUAGAUUCACAGACCGGAGGAAGUUAACCUCGAUAAUAUGACACAACCAGCUGUGUUCUGUAUUAAUUCUUGCCUCUGACGAAGUUAUCCUCGUAUAUCAGCAUUUCGAUGUUUACAGUGCUACGGUAGACGGGAUAAGAUGAAGUGGAGACGUCAAUUUCUGAAUUUUUAAAGUAAUAAAUGAGUUUAAUACACAGAGAACUGUUUUUGAUUAAGUAAUGGGUGCAAACCAAAGGACGUAAUCUGCGUUGAAACUAGUAAUAGCGAUUGUAGUGUACGUCCGGAACUUAACCUCCCUAGCGCGGGAAGUCUGGAGUCAUGUGACUUGACGGAGCCAGUGUGUUUUGUAGUGUAGCGGUGAUGAGCUAAGUAGUGCUCGUGUUUACUAGACUAUAAUUAUGGCCUCGGUGGCCCGUUAGAAAUACUACAGCAAUGUUUUUUUUUUAAUAUUUCUUUAGUAUUUCAGUUGUUCACCAAAAGGAGUUUGCUUGUUUACUUCAAUAACAUGACCCGUUAAAAAUUUUUUAUAAAGACACUUUCUAUACCCCCACCACCCUCCCGCCCCCCAACGUCCGUAGUAAUAGGGUUCGACUGUAUCUACUUUAUAUUUGGCUUUGAAAAAGAGUCCCGUAAAUACAGCUAUUGUGGGUGUUUCUCUUAAAGUAACUCUCAAGGAUCCAAUAAAUGUGUUUAAAGUUAUAUCCACUGUUCCCAUUUUCUAGAAGCAAAAGAUUGUCGGAUAUCACGCUUGGAUCUAGUACAGUUAUGAGAAUUGACGCAUAUUUAAUCGAACAGUGACGCGAGUGCAUAAAAAUGGUUAUAAACCGACGCAAGCAACUAAGCCCGAUGUAAAGACUUCCAGCUGAGUCUUCAGUAAAAAGCGUCACUUUCAGUAGCGCGGGGAUGAUUUAGAAGGUCGCGCAGCAUUACUGUGUAGAACUGGUAGCUUAGGAAUAAGUUGUCUCAUAACGCCAUGUACCCGAAAAAGGAACGAAUACUUGAAAAAUGAAAUAGUAGUAGAGUCAUUUCUAUUAAGCCUCGCUUUACUGCCUGCUGCGAAUUCUUCAUUUUAACACAACUUGCCAGGUCUGAGUUCAAAUCUUAUCAUAUUCAGUUUUUGAAACAUUAUAUGUGUCAAGGGGAUAUAUCAAUAUAAAACAGAGUCAUCAGCAUACAAGUAACUAUAAAGCAAACUCCAGGACAUUUGCAAAUCAUUCACAUAGAAUAUAAACAAUAGCAGGUUGUACCAUGGGCAACUCCUACAGAUACUGUAGCUUGGUUAGGCUGGGUAUUGCCAUUCAUGUUUGCAACUGAACCGUUUUAGUGUUUUCUCGUUCUUUCCAUAGAUUUGGGUGUUGAAAGCCCUUUCUAUGAUGUUGCAAAAAGUAGGCAAAAUGGAAACUGACCCAGGAUUUCUGUUUAUUACCUUUCUUAUGUAAGGGUACAACUUAGAAUGAAGGGUACAACUAUCAAAUUUUUCUAAGUAGAGGGAAAAGGUCCCUUUUAUGGCGAUAUAUAGGUGGUAGCGACGGCGUGCAUGGACAGAGUCCUUGAGCAGGUGUGCACUAUUUUUAUACAGUCCAGUGGCUUUAUUAAGUUUAACCGCUUGAUAGCAUCAGGUCUUCACCACAGACGAACCGAGGUUACGCAGGAUAUCACUAAUUACGUAUACAUAGAAUGAAAACUCCGGAGUCCUGUGCCAAGAUUUUCAUACUGACGCUUACAAAAAAGGAUUUAAGUGUCCUUAUCAAGCGGGUUAAAAUGUAAAGAACAAAGAAACAAAGAAAGCUGUCCGUAAUAACGAAGCGUUUGUGUUAAGCUGAUGUCCGCAAAGCGGGACUCGAAUGUAUAGCCACAGGACCAUGUAAAACGCACCGAGCUAAAAGCUUGGUAUGCCUGUGGCCAUACAUGGUUGGUGCCAUUGAGUAGACAACCACGGAGCUAAUCAUGUUCUAGUGCAUUAGAAUAGAGUGUGGAAUCGUCCAGUCAACACCUGCUUAUCUUUUCAUUAUUUAUUAAAGCAUUGUCUAUAGCAAUGUUUUGUUUUCCUCCUCAAUUUAAGAUUUAAUUGCGGUUUACUAAGUUCAGUUGUGAAAGGGUUAACUACUCUGUUCUAAAAACAUUUGCAUAGAAAAAAAUAAUUAAAAUUUGCUAACUUAUCUUUGAAUAAUAGAUGCUAUUUUUUUUCAAUUUACCCAAUUUUUCAUAUCAAGAAGUUUCAUAGCGAGUCUGAGCUAGCCCGACGACAAUGGCCCAUCAGGCUAGGCCCUAAUAUUUUGAAACAGAGUUAUUAAAGAUCAUUAAAAUCUUUCAACUUUAAUUUAUGCCAAAUUUUGUUUACAAAAAACGUUGUAGGAAUCUAAAGACGGUAUUAACGAGAGCACAGUUAACGCUAGAAAAGCUACAUCUUCAAGUCUGGAAUUGUCUCCGUCUGUGCAUAUGUAUGUGUUAACCGUGAAAUAUCAUUAAAAUGUUUCCAACGAUUGUUAAACUGUGUCAUCAACAAAAAGAAUAAUUUAAGUUUUGACGUUAAUGUUAAAAUGCGACAGGUGGUAUGGAACUGUUAACAUGUAUAGUAUAAGUUACAUCCCCGUUGUGGCUUAACCGCACUUAAUGCACUCGACUUUUCAGGAGAGUUGCGUUCCGCGAACACGGCAGCGAUCAUGGGUGUUCUUCACUACAGUAUUUUCUUUAUGCUGUACAUGCAUUCUUUCAGAAUUUGCUUCGGCUGUUUGGGUGGUAAGUUCUUCUCUUUCCGCCUUGUUGUUUCAAUCAUAUUUGGCUCGCUAUUUUCAAAAAUUGAGCGUCAAAAUAGUGACAAACACAUUUAUCUCUUGAAAGAAGAUAAAAAAAUUAUUAUAGUUAGCUAGACUGACUUUAAACAAGAGUAGCUGCAAAAUUUUCUGCUCUUGUAUACUGCCCAUAAAUGUGACUUUUAGUACAGCUUACGGUUAAUUUCUCUUCUUUUCUAACAGAAACAUGCAAAAAAAAUCCCUUCACCUGCAAAAAGUUCCGCAAAAUUAUUUUUCGUGGUUGCAAAAUUGCUUAAGGCUCAUAGGACUCCAAGGACCUUCCCUUUCCCGAACAUAAAGAACCAUGUCUGUUAGCAACAAGGGGAGAACACGCAAAAAGUUCUAAACAAGCGUUUUCGAAACUCUCUAAAUAACAAAUUUUGGUUAGGGACCGGCUUAAUGUUUACACUGUUAACCUUUUUACAACUACUAGCGAUUAACCCCAUCUUUGUAGGCUUUCUUUGUUUAUUUAGCCUGUCUGCUCGCCGCAAAAUGAUUGCUCUACAAGAAUCUAGUUACAGAAAAGAAAACAGUCUGUGGCUAUUAUUAGCGAGAAAAAAGAAUAAAUAAAAAAAGGCUGCUAACAAUGUCAGUAUGCGAGGAGCUUUUCUAGUCCCUUUUUAUUUCUUUUCGUUUCUUAUCACUUCCCUUCGGAAGCCCAAGAUUCCUUAGUAUCUGUUCUUAAUUAUCUUUAUUUUUACUUUGGACCCAUACCAUAUUUUAAAACACUCUACGUUAAUACGACCCUGUACCCCUCUUUUACGUUGACGAAUAUUUUUCUGACUCGAAAAUGUCUUGUAUUCGAAAACCUCGUUGAAUAUGACCACCUUUAAGGAUCCCCAGACGUUACCUUCUUUACAAUUUUAACUCGUUUAUACGAACAACAGCAUAAAACAAUAAUCUCGGCCGGAUGGCAAUUGAGGGAAGCCAGACGCAAUCAAUUUGAAAAUCUACAUCAAUUUUAUCUUACUGAACGUUGUUACAAGAACAUAAUUGAGCGUCCCAGUUAUGUGUAAAAUCCGGCAGAUUGAUAGAUUGGUGAAAUUAUCCUUUGUAACAUUUAUUUUAGAAAGGCUUAGUGUAAUAUGGGUUGUACCACGUUGAUGGGUUUUUAAAGCCCAACGGUCAUCGCAAUAAUGGGAAUUUUAUUCCACUCAACUGUCCUUGUUUCCUUUUUGGUCAAUUUAAUACGUUUAAGACGUUCACUGAAUGCCUUUUUUCAGAAUAAAUAUAAACGUUUUCAUGGACGAAAAACAAGCGAAAUACCAAGCUAAAGGUUAUUUAGUUUUGUCCUCCUUGGGCGUGAGUCAGUGUUAAUUACCAUUCUAGACAUUGCCUUUUGAAUUCAGAAAUUCUUUCGAUAUCAUGCCAUCUAUUUUAUGUUUUACUCUAUUUAAUAUAAGAAUUUGUUUAUUCAUUCAUUACAAUCAAUCCAUGAAGCUGCUAACAGACUGACUGAAUAACAUGGCAACUUAAUAAAUACUGAAUAAGAGGAAAUAAGGGUAAACACAUCCUGCUGCACAUAAUUAACAAAGAGAAAAUUGCUAAGAAACCCGAAUUGUUGGCAACAAUUCUGUUUGGUUGUUAACGGGAAAACAUUUCCUCAGCAAACACCACGCGAUCAUAAUGUUGGCUUUUUUAAUAAAAACUACAGAAACUUCCCAUGGAUUUGUUAUUGUCGUUAAGGCAGAGAAGACCGUGAGAAGGUUUUCCCAAUUUUAUGCGAUUUAUUGUAGCUGUGUCGUCUAUCCAGUGCCUGAGUUUUGCUAUUUUGUUCAAUUAUAAAGUUUACAGCGGACUCAAUAACAACAUGGAAAUCUAUUUAAAAGUUAAAUAACAGGAGAUAAUUGGAAGAAAUUUUUUAAGAAAUAUAAAAUUGAGUUUCGAUAUUGUCACCACAGUUUAAUACUUGGAUUAUAGACUUGUCAACAAAAAGGAAGUUGCUGGGAAACAAAGAAUUCUGUUAUUUGCGUCAUACGAGGAAAAUAUUUUCGCAGUAAACACGACAGUUUACCACUUUUCAAGACAGGUGGGAAUACCAUCUACCUGUUUUUCUUUUUUCAGCAUUUUAAUUGGCUUUUACUAAAAAUGAAUUAUCGUAUAUAUUCCUACAAAAGGAGGUUUUCUUUAUAGAGCUCGACCAAUUGACAGAAAAUUGAAAUUGGCCUAGAGAACUAAGUUAAUUCCAUCUCUUUUUGUCAUUAUUUGAUGUACAUUGCUGUUUUAAGCCAGUUUGAAGCAAUUCCAAGAAAACCCCAGCAAGACAGUUUAAUUAACAUAUAUGGUAGUUUCAUGAUUAAAUGUCAGAUAAAACAUAGCUUGAAGCUAAGGAGGAUAACCGAAGAUAUAUAAGUUAUUAGGUUCCAUGAACCUCAAUCUUGUUUAUAAAGGACAGUUGCUUUUAAUUGAAGGUCUUUUUGCCGCCAGAAAAGGUCAGAAUUGGCCACCUUAUGAGCUCCUGGAAUUGCUAAAUGCAAUUUUUUUCUUUCUUCAAUUCAGGUAAUUGCCGCGUACUGGCGUUUCCGAGUUAUUUCCUAAUUGCUGACAAAUGUUUGGAGGGCCACACGUUCUUAAUUGUCCAAUAUGUCCCGGAUAUGGGUCUUUGUGAACUGCUUUGUUACAACCAACCAAACUGCGUCAGUGUUAAUUACGAGAUACAAACACAAAGGCGAUGUGAACUGAACAAUUCAACACACCGGGCGCACGAUGAGGACUUUAAAGAGAGGAAAGGCUGCUUAUAUCAUGGUGCAAUUGUAAGUUUUUUGUCUUUUCUUUUCUCGUCUUCUUUUUCUUUCAUCAUCAUCAUCUUCAAGGUAAUCAUCAUCCCACUGUCGACAUCUUCAUCAUCAUCACAAUGGUCACCAUCUUCGACAUUAGAGGGAGCUUAAGCAACGACGAAGACGACCGUGGCGAAAACGUCUCUUAAAGAGUGAAUUCACGCUGUAUCAAAAUCUAUCGUUCUUAUUGCACGUCGUUCAAUUGGCCACCAAAUGUUGGUGAGUUUUUCUGGAGUCGCAUUGUAAAGAACUGUAUCUAAGUUAAAAAAAUAAAUAAUAACAAUAAAAUAAAGAAUCGUUGUCUUGUGUUCACGUCCCGGUAGAGAAGGUGAAACUAAGAAGUUCCACGUGGUAGUCGUGCAACGAAGGGCAGGGAAAUGUACAAAAAACGUGAUUUAGGUGCAAAGUUUUUUUUUUGCUAAUAUUAAUCUAUUUCACCUAUUUGCGUUUUCCUUUGACGUCGUCGUUGCUUAAGCUCCCUAUUAAUAAUUAUUAUCAUCAGGAUCAUAAUAAUUACCAUUGUCUUAUCAUCAUCAUCAUCAUCAUCUUGUAGUUUGUAGUUGACGCUCUAUCAAGACGGUUUAACGUAACUUCUUCUCUUACAAUUCAAACCUGAUUUUUGUUCUUUCAAAGAGUGCUUGUGAUACUUCCCGUUGUCAAAACGACGGUACCUGUCAGUCUGGAUUCACAGAGAAAAAAUAUCGGUGUUUAUGUCCUUCUGGUUUCACUGGUGAACAAUGUGAACAUGGUAAGCUGUUCUUGAAAAGACUUUACCUUUAUGCAAAUAAUCAAAGGUUCGUUAAUCGUAAUCAAGCUUGGGCUGUCCUUUGUCAUUUCCUACGGCAGUGUACAAAACGUUCACGUAGCGAACAUUUUAAGGUUUUGCUAGCCUCUCGUUUCAGUUGGUCUAUUAACUGUCAUACACUUUCAAAUGCUAUUUCCUUAAAUUUUUGCUUUUUGUUUCCGGUAAUCCUAAGUGUGUUUUUUGGUUAUUUGAGUUGAGUAAUUUUAGAGCUUGUUUUUGAGCAGAAACAGUUCGUAAUUGAAAGCCUUUCUUCAAGAGCAUUUCAACUCUAAACCAAGAAAACGUGAUAUGGCGUGAGCCUUGAUUAUACAUCUAAGCUCGUUGCUAGGAAGUUCAUUUGAUUGAGCUCUCGAGGGAGGGGGAAAGGGGGGCGGGGUUGGAGAGUUCCAUAUAAACUUCUCGUCGAAAAAUUGGAAUGAAACCGGCCCCUAAGGGAAACUUACCCAAAUACCCAAAUAAGUUUUUCGAGGGAGUAUAACGGGGCCCAUAAGUUGACAUACAAGGAACAUGAAUGUCAAACAUCGAAACUGUGGGUCCAACCAUAACAAUUUAAUAAGUUUAUUCGUAAAAGUGAAAAAAAAAAAAUGAAACAAAAACAAUAAGUCAAUGUCUUAACAGACAGAGAAAGAUGGCUUCACCUUGGAGUCGACACCAUUUUUUUCGGCUUGCUGCUAAUACUGUUAUCAUCUUCUAGUAACCUCAUCUCUUGAUUUCAUGCACUGUAUAUAAAAACGGGGAAAAUUCUAAAACGCACAAUGGGAACUUACUUUUUUGCAAUUAUUGGUCAAUAUUGUUUCAGACAUCAAUGAGUGUGAAGGAGGAACUCACAAUUGCAGUUCUAAUGCGGUUUGUAACAACAACAAAGGAUCCUAUAACUGCACAUGUAAACCAGGAUAUGAAGGGGACGGAAAUAAUUGCACAGGUGAUAUUUUUCGUACUUUAAGUCAUUUUGAAUGCCAUCGAAAGCAUUUUUUUUCCAUGAUAAGAUGCUCUUUAUAUAACUUCUUUGCUAGAUAGUAGACCAUAUUACUUCAAAAAUUGAAGGGGAAAGGUGAAUGCUUAAUACUGACCUUGUAUUUUAAAUGUUUUGUCUCCUAACAUGGCCGGCAUCAGAAACUUUGCCUUUUUGUUUUUUCUCAUACAUUUCUUUUAAAACUUUCUUCUCAGUGCUGGCCUCAAUUUUUAGAAAGCUGAGAGGAAUUCACUCUGCAAACUAAUCCAAUCUCUAUUGUUCUAUAUGAUUUCAGACAUCAAUGAGUGUGAAGGAAAAACUCACAAUUGCAGUUCUAAUGCGGUUUGUAAUAACACCAAAGGAUCCUACAACUGCACAUGUAAACCAGGAUAUGAAGGGGACGGAAAUCAUUGCACAGGUGAAAUUUUUCUUACUUUAGUCAUUUUGAAUGCCAUCGAAAGCAUUGCUGUUUUUAUUUUUCUAUGAUAAGAUGCUCUUUAUAGGAAUUCUUUGCUAGAUAGUAGACCAUAUUACCUCAAAAUUUAAGUGCACAGGUUAAUGCUUAGUACCUUGUAUUUUAAAUGUUUUGUCUCCUACCAUGGCCGACAUCAGAAACUUUGCUUUUUUGUUUUUCCUCAAACUUUUCUUUUCCAACUUUCUGCUUAGUGCUAGCCUCACUUUUUAGAAAGCUCAGACGAAUUCGCUCUGCAAACUAAGCCAAUCUCUAUUGUUCUAUAUGAUUUCAGACAUCAAUGAGUGUGAAGGAAAAACUCACAAUUGCAGUUCUAAUGCUGUUUUUCACAACAUCAACGGAUCCUGCAACUGCACAUGUAAACCUGGGUACUUGGGAGACGGAUGGAACUGUACAGGUGAUGAAUACACAAAUACGUAAGGGACGUUCUGGUUAAUGGGGGAAGUAUCCUGACAAAUUCGAGUUUUAUUCGUGAAAGCCGUUAAAGCAAAUUUGGAAAUAAUGACCUACUUUGGAAAUGACGCAAUACGGUGUUAACGUUAUACUAACAAUUAUUGAUGAUAAAUGACAAAAGAAUUAAAUUCGGGUCACGAUUAUGGUAUCUUGGGAGACAAAUUCAUACGCUCAGUGAAUAAAAUGGAGGGUUAUCCAAUAAUCGAUUGCGGGUCUAUAACAAACAAAUAAGACGACGCAGGGGCAAUAAAAGGGUCUUAAUUACCUUUGCUUUUGCAAGAAAGAAUAUUUUACCUACAGAAUAAGUAGAUUUAAUUUUUCAGCGAUUGAGCAUUCAGUUAUUUACAUGUAAUUUAAAACUUAUUUCAGAUAUCGAUGAGUGUCUAGUAGAUACACACCACAAUUGCAGUUCUGAUGCAUUUUGUAAUAACACCCACGGAUCCUACAACUGCACAUGUAAACCAGGAUAUGAAGGGGACGGAAAUAAUUGCACAGGUGAUAUUUUUCGUAAUUUAGUCAUUUUGCGUGCCAUCGAAAGCAUUACUGUUUUUAUUUUUCCAUAAUAAGAUGCUCUUUAUCAAUUUUUGCUAGACAGUAGACAAUAUUACCUCAGUUCAAAUCUUAAGCGGAAAGUUUAUAACGCUUUUAAAUGUACCUUGUAUUUUAAAUGUUUUGUCUCCUAACAUGGCCGGCAUCAGUAACUUUGCUUUUUUGUUUUUUCUGAUGCAUUUCUUUUACAACUUUCUUCUCAGUGCUGGCCUCACUUUUUAGAAAGCUGAGGGGAAUUCACUCUGCAAACUAAUUAAGCUUAUCUCCAUUGUUCAAUAUGAUUUCAGACAUCAAUGAGUGUGACGGAAAAGCUCACAAUUGCAGUUCUAAUGCGGUUUGUAAUAAUACCAAAGGAUCCUACAACUGCACAUGUAAACCAGGAUAUGAAGGAGACGGAGAUAAUUGCACAGGUAAUUUCUUUCAUAACUUCGUCAUUUUGCAUACCAUCGAAAGCAUUGCUAUUUUUAUUUUUCAAUGAUAAGAUGCUCUUUAUAGCAAUUCUUUGCUAGGUAGUAGACCAAUAUUGCUUCAAAAUUUUAAGUGCACAGGUUAAUUCUUAGUACCUUGUAUUUUAAAUGUUUUGUCUCCUAACAUGGCCGGCAUCAGAAACAUUGCUUGUUUGUUUUUCCUCAUGCAUUUCUUUUACAACUUUCUACUUAGUGCUAGCCUCACUUUUUAGAAAGCUGAGACGAAUUCACUCUGGAAACUAAGCCAAUCUCUAUUGUUCUAUAUGAUUUCAGACAUCAAUGAGUGUGAAGGAGGAACUCACAAUUGCAGUUCUAAUGCAGUUUGUCACAACAUCAACGGAUCCUACAACUGCACAUGUAAACCUGGGUACUUGGGAGACGGAUGGAACUGUACAGGUGAUGAAUACACAAAUACAUAAAGGGCGUUUUUGUUAACAGGGGAAGUAUCUUGACAAAUUCGAGUUUUGUUCAUGAAAGUUUAAGGCAAAUUUGGAAGUAAUGACCCACUUUGGAAAUGACACAAUAGGAUCUUAACAUUAUACUAACAAUAAUUGGUCAUAAGUAGAACAAAGAAUGAAAUUUCAGGACACGAUUAUGGUAUCUUGGGAGACAAAUUCAUACGCUUAGUGAAUAAAAUGGAGGGUAUCCAAAAAUCGGUUGCGGGUCUAUAUACAAAUAAGACGAUGCAGGGGCAAUAAAAGGGUCUUACGUUUGGUUUGGCAAGAAAGAAUAUUUUACCUACAGAAUAAGUAGAUUUUAAUUUUUCAGCGAUUGAGCAUUCAGUUAUUUACAUGUAAUUUAAAACUUAUUUCAGAUAUCGAUGAGUGUCUAGUAGAUACACACCACAAUUGCAGUUCUGAUGCAUUUUGUAAUAACACCCACGGAUCCUGCAACUGCACAUGUAAACCAGGAUAUGAAGGGGACGGAAAUAAUUGCACAGGUGAUAUUUUUCGUAAUUUAGUCAUUUUGCGUGCCAUCGAAAGCAUUACUGUUUUUAUUUUUCCGUAAUAAGAUGCUCUUUAUCAAUUUUUGCUAGACAGUAGACCAUAUUACCUCAGUUAAAAUCGUAAGCGGAAAGUUUAUGACGCUUUGUACCUUGUAUUUUAAAUGUUUUGUCUCCUAACAUGGCCGGCAUCAGAAACUUUGCUUUUUUGUUUUUUCUGAUGCAUUUCGUUUACAACUUUCUUCUCAGUGCUGGCCUCACUUUUUAGAAAUCUGAGGGAAAUUGACUCUGCAAACUAAGCCAAUCUCUAUUGUUCUAUAUGAUUUCAGACAUCAAUGAGUGUGAGGGAAUAACUCACAAUUGCAGUUCUAAUGCGGUUUGUAAUAACACUAAAGGAUCCUACAACUGCACAUGUAAACCAGGAUAUGAAGGAGACGGAGAUAAUUGCACAGGUAAUUUCUUUCAUAACUUCGUCUUUUUGCAUACCAUCGAAAGCAUUGCUGUUUUUAUUUUUCCAUGAUAAGAUGCUUUUUAUAGCAAUUCUUUGCUAGGUAGUAGACCAACAUUGCUUCAAAAUUUUAAGUGCACAGGCUUAUGCUUAGUACCUUGUAUUUUUAAUGUUUUGUCUCCUAACAUGGCUGGCAUCAGAAACUUUGCUUGUUUGUUUUUUCUCAUGCAUUUCUUUUGCAACUUUUACUUAGUGCUAGCCUCACUUUUUAGAAAGCUGAAAGGAAUUCACCCUGCAAACUAAGGCAAUCUCUAUCGUUCUUUAUGAUUUCAGACAUCAAUGAGUGUGAAGGAGGAACUCACAAUUGCAGUUCUAAUGCAAUUUGUCACAGCAUCAACGAAUCCUACAACUGCACAUGUAAACCUGGGUACUUGGGAGACGGAUGGAACUGUACAGGUGAUCAAUACACAAAUACAUAAAGGGCGUUUUGGUUAACGGGGCAAGUAUCUUGACAAAUUCUAGUUUUGUUCAUGAAAGUUUAAAGCAAACUUGGAAGUAAUGACCCACUUUGGAAAUGACACAAUAGGAUCUUAACAUUAUGCUAACAAUUAUUGGUCAUAAGUAAGAAAAAGAAUGAAAUUUCAGGUCACGAUUAUGGUAUCUUGGGAGACAAAUUCAUACGCUUAGGGAAUAAAAUGGCGGGUUAGUCCAAAAAUCGUUUGCGGGUCUAUAACAAACAAAUAAGACGAUGCAUGGACAAUAAAAGGGUCUUACCUUUGCUUUUGCAAAAAAGAAUAUUUUACCUUCAGAAUAAGUAGAUUUCAGUAAUUUUUCAUCGAUUGAGCAUUCAGUAAUUUACAUGUAAUUUACAUGUAAAACCUAUUUCAGAUAUCGAUGAGUGUGUAGUAGAUACACACCACAAUUGCAGUUCUGAUGCAUUUUGUAAUAACACCCACGGAUCGUUCAAUUGCACAUGUAAACCUGGAUUUACAGGAGAUGGAGAAAACUGCACAGGUAGUAUUCUCAGUGGUACGUGUGUUCACGUAGGGCAGCAGAAACUUUAUCUCUUCUCUUUCAUUCUCUUUCCCAGUUACAACUUUCUUCUUAAAGCAAUGCAACGACUGAGGUGGAUGCAGACCCCCCCUUUUUUAGCCAACUUACUUGUUUGUCAGAACAGUUCAAUUGGCACUUUAUUCCCGUGUUAUGCUCGUACCGUGCCAACUUAGUUUAUUGUCUUUGAUGUUCAUCUAUGAUUUCAGACAUCAAUGAGUGCAAAGAAGGAAACCACAAUUGCGGUUCUAAUGCGGUUUGUAAUAACACCAAUGGAUCCUACAACUGCACAUGUAAACCAGGAUAUGAAGGGAGCGGAUAUAAUUGCACAGGUAAUUUCUUUGUUAACUUGGCCAUUUUGCAUGCCUUCGAAAGCACUGCUGUUUUUACUGCUUCCAUGAUAAUAUGUUCUUUAUAGAAACCAUUUGUUAGAUACAGCUCCACAACGGCCACCUUGGGGAAAGAAGAAAGUGGCCGUUGAGGAGAGGUGACCUUUAGUAGAGGUUAGACUGUAUUACCUCAAAAGGUAAGAAAGUUUAAAACGCCUUAACGUACCAGUAUACAGUGGAUGUACAGCUUCCUGUUUAGUGCACUGACCGGCAUCAGAAACUUGAUCUUCUUUGUUUUUUUGUGUUUUUUUUUCCUCAUGUAUUUCUUUUGCACCUUUCUCUUCAGUACAAGAUUACACUUUGUACAGAACGUUGAGAGGAAUCCACAUUGCAAAGUUAACUUUUGUCAUUGAUUAAUAUGAUUUUAGAUAUCGAUGAGUGUAAAGCAGCAGAAGCCCACAAUUGCAGUGUUAACGCGUUUUGUAAUAACACCGAGAGUGCAUACAACUGCACGUGUGAACCUGGGUACUUGGGAGACGGAUGGAACUGUACAGGUAAUUGUUUAUUAUGUGAAGAAACGUUUGGUGGAUUGAGAAAGCUAGUUUCUUGCUCAACGUAAGUCUUAUUGCGAGGGCUUGAGCAAAGUUAAACCUUAACAAUAGUUGGAAGUAAACCCUCUUUGGAGAUACAAUCAGUUUUAUUGACCAAGGAAGGAAUAUAUUGCAAAUAUAGCCGUCUCUCAUCGUCCCGUCACUGGGCCGGGACGCUCCACUAAAAGUCCCAGCGAAGGGGAGCAAUAAAAAAAUGGAAAUGUGGUGGUGGUGAUGGGAAAAAAUGAGCGAAAAAAUUGAAUUAAGCCGAUAAGGAGGAAGGGGCAGGGGUGGGCAAAAUAUUGUUUCUUUCUGAAAAGAGCUAGUUUGCCUUCGCCAACGUUAAUAUGUACAACUUACAGGCUUAGAAUCAUUGAUGGGGAAGCGGUACAAUUUAUUGUCUUUAAUGGAAAAUGAAAGCGCCGGAAAAAGAUCAACUCUCCACGCUACGGCAACAUUAGCCAACCACUGGAGACUUUCCUUAGCUUCUAUUCAACCAAUCAAAAACCAAAACAUUCAUCGACCUAAAAAUAACUAAACAACAUUUCAAACCUUCUACACCACCUAGAAUAGCAUAUUACCUGACGUGAGAUCCUACUGCAUUUUAUUUAUGACACAAAAGGCUAUGACAUCAUAGGUGCUAAAGUAUUCCCCCGCAAAGGAAGAAAUAAAACAUCCCUACUAUACUACUUACCCCUUCGUAUAAAAACACGUCGGAGCUUACCUUGGAGAAUUAGGUCCUCUAAACGGAAAAUAUACCAUUACCAUUACCUGGAUGUGUCUCAGUGAUCACCACAUAGGUUUCUAUGAACUUUGAGCCACCGCAUUUACAGUCCAGUAUUAAAUAGGGUGUGAACUUUAAUUAUACUAAGUUUAUUCAAUAUAAAGUAAUGGCUCGGCAAUUCACAGAUUGCUGGUUUGACCGGUUUCUUUGUGUUGGGGACCCUAGUGACGGUUGUCGUAUGGCAUUUAAAAAAAUUCAUUGCUCAUUGAUUUUAAGUCAAUGCUCCAAUAUUUAUCAUUCUCAUAUUGAAAAAUCACCGACAGACCAAUAAUCGUUCCCCUCCUAAACUUUAAUUCUAGCCGAUAUUGAAACGCAAAUGUCCCCCCAUUAAGAAAGCCUUCCAAGUUUAAGCCCCUCAAAAGGCCUUACAGUAAAAUGUUAUCCGGGGGCUUACUCCCGGAGCUUAUUCUUGAAAUGAUACGGUAUUAACUAUGGCCUCUCACGAAACUCAAUCAAACGAAAGGCAACUAAAUGGAGAUUAUCCCAUGAAAAAAAUGCAAAUCAAGUAAUAUAGCUCUUCAUCUCUAUGAGCCAGUUGCUAAUAAUUCUAUUUUACGAGCCGAAGUGACUAAAAAGGUCGGAAAUGAGCAUAGAAACGUUCAGAAGUCAUGUGGUAUUUUGAUAGCCCGAGCAUGUUAUUAAUUUCAUACGUCAUUAUCGUAUCGUCAUUAAGACUCCUUCAUUUUGAAGGAAGCCUUGAUGGAGUACUGGAGGUAACAAGCUGCUUCGAGAGAGUGCUUAACAGAAAUGGGUCUUACUUAUGAGUCUUGAGCAGGAUACCUCUGAAACAGCAUUAGUGGUAUCAUGUUCCAUCUGAGCGCUAGCCCUCCAAGUCCAUUGCCGUCUUACCGACAAAUGACCAAUAGCACUUUGACACGCGGCAAUAACUUCAAUAAAGGGUCAUUUUCUCGUGCUAUGUUUUUAUGCGCCUUAGGUGUUGAAUCUAAACAAGAGGGAACGAGUCUCUUGAUUUAAAUAAAGAGUUGUUUCUCCCUAUUUUUCUAGAAGCAGAAUCCUGUAGUAAAUUGCCGCAGUUUCUCGAGUGAUAGACCGAGAAGACCUGGGUACGAGGUUGAGUUGUUUUGGUUGUGAAAACAAAAAAGGGCGGACAUUUCACUCGUUUCAAGAGUAAGAACUAAGCGAAAUUAUAGCCAAAAACAUGGCAAGAACACAACUCAAAGGGCGACAUCUGCUAUUUGGAGAAUACUUGCGGAGCUGAACAACCCUAAACGUGCACUCAACCUCAUUCAUUAAUUGUUAAUUUAGACAUCGAUGAGUGCAAAGCAGCAGAAACCCACCAUUGCAGUAUUAACGCGUUUUGUUAUAACACCGAGAGCGCCUACAACUGCUCGUGUGAACCUAGAUACUUGGGGGACGGAUGGAACUGUACAAGUGAUGAAUAUACAAAUACAUAAAGGAGGUUUUGGUUAAUGGGGGAAGCAUCUUUUCAAAGUUUUAUUCAUGAAGGCGUAAGCAAAGUUGGAAGUAAACCUACUUUGGAAAUGACGCAAUAGCUAAAGAUCUUAACGUUAUAAUAACAAUUAUUGGUCAUAAGUAAAAAAAAAACGAAAUUUCAGAUUACGAUUAUGGUAUCUUGGGAGACAAAGUCAGACGGUUACUAAAUAAUUAAAAUGGAGGGUUAUCCAAAAAUCGAUUGCGGUUCUGUAACAAACAAAUGCGACGGUGCAGGAAGAAUAAAAGGGUCUUACACUUGCCUUUGCCAAAAAGAAUAUUUUACCUCCCAGGAUAAAUAGAUUUUAAUUUUUCAUCGAUUGAGCGUUCAGUAAUUUACAUGUAAUUUAAAACUUAUUUCAGAUAUCGAUGAGUGUGUGGUAGAUGCCCACAAUUGCAGUUCUGAUGCAUUUUGUUUUAACACCCACGGAUCUUUCAAUUGCACAUGUAAACCUGGAUUUACAGGAGAUGGAAAAAACUGCACAGGUAGUAUUCUCAGUGGCCAACGUGUUUUCUCUUAUGGCAGAAGAAACGUUAUCACUUCAGUUUCAUUCUCUCCCUCUGUUACAACUUGCUUGUUAUAGCAAUGCAACGACAGUGGUGGAUCCAGGGGAGGUGGAUUGGGAGGCUAGCCACCCCCCUUUUUUUAGCCGUCUUACUUGUUUGUUAGAACAGUUCAAUUGGCACUUUAUUCCCGUGUUAUCGGCGUGAUUUUGUGUACAGCGAGGAAGAGAACACGUUUUGAAGGUUGCAAUGUAAUCAUUUCUCUAUUUCAUUGUGACGUUGUAAAAAUUUGCCGUGUUAAAGGUUCCCAUUCAUCCUUCCUCAAUUGCAACGUUUUGGGGACGCCAUAGGACAAGGUACCGUUAUCACCCACUCCCUCUUAGCUUAUAAAAUCCUGGAUCCGCGCCCAACUGAACGAACGCCCAGUGACUGGUUUAGAGGAAUCACAUUGCGUACUGAGCUAACUAUUUGUGGUGUUCAAUAAUGUAUUAUUUCAGACAUCGACGAGUGUGAAGCAGACACUCACGGUUGCGGUUCUGAUGCCAUUUGUAACAACACCCACGGAUCCUUCAAUUGCACAUGUAAACCUGGAUAUAAAAGAGAUGGAAAAAACUGCACAGGUAAUUUUCUUUUUAGUGUCUGGUCUGCUCGCAUGACAUCAAAAGCUUUGUGUUUGUUUCUUUGUUUGCUUUAUUUUCUUUUAUUUCCUUAACAACUUACUUCGUCUGUAACUAAAAAAAUGGGAAGUACAUCUAGACAGCUGAUAGGAAUCUACCGUGCCAACUUAGUUUAUUAAAUUGUCAAUGAUGUUCAAUUUUUAUUUCAGACAUCAAUGAGUGUGAAGAAGGAACGUACAAUUGCAGUUCUAACGCGGUUUGUAAUAACACCAAAGGAUCCUACACCUGCACUAGUAAACCAGGAUAUGAAGGAGACGGAAAUAAUUACACAGGUAAUUUCUUGCGUAACCUGCGAUCAGGCGCUCCUUCUUCCCUUUUUGUUUUGGACGCUAAGGUAAAAGGACGCCUGAUACAUUUACUUUCCGAGUCGUCGGCCCGUAGUCCAGAAUCUGGACUUUUGUCUGAUUGGUCGAAAAACAAAAGAGCUUUCCGAGCAGCGCACCGAUUGGUUACAAGGCACAUAUCUGACUUCCGGUGCAAUUAGAUAAACUUUGUCACCUUCGUCUCUUCAAUCACAGAAACGUGAUCGAGGAGUUCAUUUAGCAGUAAGCUUUAGUUAAGCUAGUUCUUAAAGGACAAAAAUGAAUACGUUUUUAGUGAAUCAAGUCAACAAUGUACAGAGAAAAUCUUUGACAGCUGAUAAGGACGAGUUGUUAUUUGUCACCGGUAGGGGUAUCCGCUAUUUCGUCUUCGACGCUUUCUUGGUCUGACCAGGCAGAAUUUUUGAAAUUUGAGGAGCUUUGUUUUUGAUUUUCCAGCUCAUUCCCGACCGAUUUCAACUGUGAAACACUAUAAUUUUUGACAAUUUUACAUCCGCUCUUUUGCAAACUGAUGAAAGAACUUGAAAGAUUUGUUACCGCUUCCUGUGAAAUACAGAAUUCUGUUGUCACACUAUUGUUUUCAAUGAAUUAAAAUUUGUUUGACUUGACGGUUCGAACAAAUGGAACAAAGGUGCCACACAGCAACGGUACGGUUAGGCAAGAUUCGCAAUAACAGCAACAUUAAAUUGGUCUUUAAAAUCUGUUUUUGCUAAUGACUACCAUAUCAACAUAGCAUUCACCGCUUGCCUGAAAAGUAGAUAAUAAAAUGGAUUUCCAUUUAGGCCGCCUUCGGUUGUGUUUUCACUUGGCCGAUUUUCUAGCUAAACAUUCUUUCCAGGGUUUUGUUUACAAACCGACUUUUACUAGUUGAACGUGACAACUGUUUUAACUGUGAAAUUGAGCCCGCAAUCUAAGCAGCUAGCUCAGAGAAUACAAACUGCGGAAAUUGCAAAAGCGCGCCAUAGUCGGAAAUUGGCCGGGGACGAAGCGCAUGUAAUGAGGGUUAAGACUCGCUGGCUUAAGACUCGCUGACUGAUGAGGAAUAAAUGGUAGUGGAACUACUUGUGACAGGUUGUAAUGCAGUAAAUGGUUCUGUACACUGGUGCUCUGAAAAAGAUAAGGACCUGGAAGAGGAACUGGAGAAUCCAAUGGGAUCGGUAGGAUUGCAAAUCGAAAGAGAUGAUUGUUGGAAUCGUUUGCCAUAUAGAAGUUCUCAAGCUCAACCACGAGGCGAUUGUCUGGUGGUAGCCUGCGUAGCAUGGCGGUUUGGUUGGCAGCAAUAAUGAGCGAGAAAAAUCGUUGCUCCCGCCCCAAUCUCCUCGCUGUUUCUCUGCCCUUGCCCGCCUUUAUUACUUUGCGCGCCCGACAAAAACAGCCAUUCUACGCAGGCUAAUUGUCUGGCAAAUAAUUAAACCGCUUGAAUUUCCGUUAAAAUCUGACAUGAUAACUCAAAUGUUGACAGAUGCCUUAAUUAGGGGGCGGCAGACCGCUUGUGAAGUAAAUGUAUCAGGCUUCUUUUUUUCCUCCUUUUCCCAAAAGAAAAAAAACGCCCUGUCGCAGGUUAUGUCUUUCGUAAAUUCGUCCUUUUUGCAGAUGAUCGAAAGAUUUGCUGUUUUUAUUUUUCCAUCAUAAGAUGCUCUUUAUAGCAAGUUUUUGUUAGACAGUAGACCAUAUUAACUCAAAAUUGAAGGAAGAACUCAAAACUGCAAUUCUAAUGCGGUUUAUAACAACGUCAAAGGAUCCUAGCUACAACUGCACAACUAAACCUGGAUACUUCGACCUUGACUUCGUAGAUAACUUUAAUUACCUAGGUUCCUUAUAUUGCCACCACUGAGAACGAUGUCAAGAAACUACAAGGUCAGGCAUGGGGUGCCUUUUGGAGAUUAGAGCGUAUUUGGAAUUCUAACCUGCCGAUUGCUAUCAAGGUUUGCCUUUACAAGUGUACUGUUCUGAGUUUUCUUCUUUAUGGGUCGGAAACAUGAACUCUAACUGAAUCACCGUGUGACAAGCUCAACACUUUCCAACUUAACUGUCUUCGGGUUAUGUUGGGCAUCAGUCGCCGUGACAAUGUCACCAACCAGUCCGUAUACAGUCAAACUCAAGCUCGACCCCUGUCAUCUGAGGUCAAAAGGCAGCUUCGCUUCCCUGGCCACUCACUUCGCCGCGACAAGGAGGAUCUUAUGAACAGAUUCGCCCUGUAUGUACCAUCUGUAGGCCGAAGUGUUGGCGGGCAGAAACGUUUGUUUUUACAACACAUCUCAAAGGUCAUUACGGGAGGCUCCAUAGCACUGACGGAGCGAGAAAUACGACACGCUACCGGGAGUACUGGAGACAUCUGGUUGCCCCCUGCCGGGACAAUCCGAAUUGACCCGCAGACGAGCUUAUAAAUUCAAAGCCCUACAAAGCCCUACAAAGCCCUACAAAGCCCUACAUAACCGUACAUAGCUCUACAUAGCCCAACAAAGGCGUACAUAGCCGUACAUAACCAAACAUAGCUCUACAUAGCCCCAUGGUUUUCACAGUGACGUCAUCAAAUUGCAAAGUCAAAAAAGCAAGGUUUUACGAAUUCUUGUUUACCCUAGGUUGAAGAUAAAUAGAAAAUAAAUCUUUGUACAAGUUUCCAGCCCCGAAGCAUUAUCAUUUCGAAAAUACAGCAAUUUGCAACUUCCGAGUUUUCACAGUGCGAGGCACCAAAAUAGGAAUGCUGUCUCAUUGAAAAAAGUCUCUCCCGCUUGAUUUUCAGCAGUUUAACCAUUUCAAGUAUUAAAAAAUGUCUCUAUGCGCACGUAAGCUAGCUCUCGAGUGCAAAUGAAGAGCUUUUAUAGAAAAAGUGAACUCCAGAUGUUUUUGUUGAUUUCCCGCGGCUAUAUUGGUGGACCAAAACUGUCCACCAAUAUGGCGUCUCCAUUCAAAGCUCUACAAAGGUGCGUGAAACGUUUCGGCAAAUACCUCAGAAACUGUGGGCCACAAAGACCUGAGAUUUGGAAAAUUGUUUAUAUAUUAGUCUUUUAUAACAUGUCAUUUUCUUGGCUUCUUCCCCUGGACGGUUUCCAAUUUAUUUUUUCGUGCCGUGUUCAUUGCGUGACGGUGAAAACGAAGAAAAGGCUUACAUAGUCCUACAUAGCUCUACAUAGCCGAACAUAGCCGUACAUAACGCUGCAUAGCCCCAAACUCACAUUGAAUAUUCUAAAAACAGGUUUUAUGGUGGUACGUUCUCGGCAGAGAAUUGCAACAUUAGAUGGAGAUAUUUCAUUGAGUGUAAAUGGUUUAACGUUACAACAAGUCGAAACAACAAAUUGUCUUUGCCUAACUAUCGACCAAUUUCUUACUUGGAGAAAUCAUUUACAAAGUGUUAGACAAAAGGUGGGAUGUGGCAUUAGAAUUGUCUAGAGGAUCAGGCCUUUUGUUGCUUUGGAGCACCUCAUAAACGUAUACAGGUCAAUAGCUGAGCCUUAUUUUACUUAUUGUUGUAUUGUUGAGGAUAGUACUGGUGGAACGUUAGCAGAGAGUCUUCAAAAGUUGCUUCAUAUUCAAGACAUUUGGUUGAUAUUCCGCAUGAACUUGCGUGACUUUCACUUAAGGAAAUGAGACAACAUCAUAUGGCAUUAAUGGUGUUUAAGGUGGCCCGAACCUAUUUAUAUGCGUGUUGGUUAUGUUUUUGAUUUGCGUUUUUCAGAAUGAAAGAUUCAACCGAUUUCUAUGAGUUUUGGCAUUCCGAAUAAAUAAUAAUGAAAAUUUACGAAAAUGUUAUUUGUUUUCUUGUAGAUAUGAAAACCUUUGAGAUAUGGGCAUAUAUUUAAAACCCCAUUUUUACGAAAAAUGUAAAUAACUUCGAGAUCCCUCUACAGAUUUUUCCCUAAGUUCAGCAAAUAAGUCUCAGAGCUCCCUAGUUUUACCAUCCAUUUUUCAGCUGCAAUGAAAACCCUCAGUAUUUAGUAAUUUCUUCAAGCUUUUUAGACUUGCCAUGACAUUCGCACGGGAAGUUUACCACUUGGAAAUAACGAUGAAGACAAAUAUGACAAUCGUCUUAUUCUUCUCAUUGUCCCCGACGGCAAAUUGCCUGUGCGAAUGUGAUGGUAAGUCUUAAAAGCGUCAAUAAAUUACCACAUACAAGGUUUUCAUUGCAGUUGAAAAAUGGAUGUUUAGAAGUGCUGGAGUUGGUGGCCUUAUUUCUCUUCAAAACGGGAACCCGUGACGCUAAAAACUCUUGAGAGUUUUUCGUAGGAGCUAUAUUUUGCUUUGUUAAGAUUUGUUUCCAAAAAAGAGGGACAUAUACAACGUAAGUUUGAUGAAUAGAAGUUCUUUAAUAUACUGACUUUCAAAUGUCAAUACCGCAGGCAUUUUGUUACGGUUAUAGCUUAGUGGAUCUGUCUGUUCUAGAAACCUAUCUACCUUAAAAGUCCUUAAGAUUUAAGUUAUAGCUACAUAAUAAUACUAAUCCUUUAGUUCCCUUUAUUUUACUUUGCACUGUUUAUUUGUGUUGGACGUGGCUGCAUUGCAGUUUGUUCGUCGCUCAAUACUAGGGCUUUUUCUAACAAUUAACUAUUAACCAGUUUUAUUUGUGUUUUUAUGCUUAUAACACUCCCAUUUACACACACCCUCCCUCCCUUCACCGUAACCACUAUUUUAGUGGAGACUUGGGAACCCUUUUAUUAGGGAUUCCAUACUACACCUGUAAUGCCACACAGGUUGCUGGCCGAAUGUACUGUUUUGGUAUAUUUUGUUUUACAAAGUUAUGUUGUGGGUGCCUAAUAGUAGCGGUAAUAGUAUAGUCAAGUCUUUGAACGGUUUAUGGUGUUCCUGAUACUUUCCAUUAUACAGUUUUUAUCAAAUGUUAUUUUUACUCAUAGCGGAGCUCCUUGCGCGCGCGAUCGGAGCACCAUAACUAAGAUAAUUUGGUAAACUAUCCAUCCGAGAAAUUUUGGUUAUGACGUCAGCGUACGUCCGUCCGUACGGACUUUCCAGGUAGUGGAAAGUAGUCCGCAUGGACUCUUGGGGUAGGGGAAAGUAGAGAUUUUUUGGCGGGAAAUCGCAUGGCGCAACGUCGCGCAAUUAUAUCGCGCAAAAUCGGGCAACUGGUUUUGAAAAAAGAAAUUUCAAAGCAACUUAGAAAAAAGAUUUUUCGACAGAGCCUUUAUAACUUUUUAUUACAACUUACGAAAGCUAUUAUGUCAAAAAACAACAGCAGAGAGAAUUUAGCGUGUAGACGACAGGUUUUAAGCAAAGAGCAAAGAGAAGGUGAACGGCAGAGAGCAAGAGUCAACACGCGUAGAGCAAGCGAAGACGAUCGCCAAAGAGAGCGCGUUAGAAGUAGAAGAAGAAGACAAAAUUUUAGCAAAGAAAGUCGGCAAGUAGAAAGAGUCAGGGCGCGAAGAAGGAGAGAAAAUUAUAGUGAAAAACGCCGGCAAGCAGAACGAGACAGGGCUAGAAUGAAUAGACAAAGGCAAUGCGAAAGAGAAAUACAAAGGCAAAGAGAACGGCAGCAAAAUAUUGACAUGAUGACAGAAAGCGUUGUUUUAAUGUUACUAUGGCCCCGCGCUAUUAUCAUUUUGAUUUCAAACUGAUCUCGGACGCAAAAAUUCAGCCAGUCAUUUGAAAAUACAAGCAGGGAAGACAGAGGCUUUUCACUUUUCUCACCAUAGUCACGCGUUGAUCACGCUCUACGACCGUUUAAUUUUUAAGCUCUGAUUGGUCAAAAUUUGACAGGUGAGUUCAUGAAAAAAAUUUAUACAGCAUCUUGAAACUUGUUUACUUCGACAGCUGAAGCUGACAGAGUUUUUUGUCCACUUGCGAUGCUUUUUACUGUCUUUUUCCACUGGAUGCAUAAAAUGAAAUACAGCUGCUAUCAACAGUCUUCUGUUAUUCAUGGCUGGUUUGUUUAUUGAAUUUUUGGUUGAGAAAUGCGCCGCUUGUCAAAGUUGGAAAUCCGAUUUCGGAUGACAUCGUUUUCGCUUUUCACCUUGUUAGAUACGGGUUGAAAAGUCCCUCAAGCGAUUCUGGCCUUACUUGAUAGCUUUCAGGAGCUGCAUCUCGAAUGGUAAGCCUUAGUAAUUAUUGUAAACAGUGUAUGUGUUGUUUUUUUAAUAUCUAAUUUCAUGAAGUCGAGCGCAGUUUAUGAGGCUAGUUUAUGCACGUUUGUAUGAUCUGAGACAAUGAUCUGAUCUAGUAUGAGAUUUUAUAGAAGCUUACAGACCUUUAAAAAGCCUUUAUUCGAUAUUUUCUCUUCGCAAAUAGAAAGAAAAAACGUUCCGAAGAGUAUUUGGUUAUAAUUUUAGCUGUAGAAAGAAAGCUUUGAGCGAUUUUCUUGCCUCGAGUUCAUCUUUGAAAACAGCAAACACCAGGAAGCCGGCUAAAAGCUUUAAACUUAAGCUUAAAGACUCAGGAUUUUUAGAGAUGCUUUAUGCUUUAAUACUUGUCUUCGUGAGUGAAAAUUGUUGUCUCUGUAAAUGUUCACCGAAUUACAUUUCUUUUAUUGAUUGUUAAUAGUCUCUUGCAAUUUUAAUCGCUUUGCGGUUUGUUUUCAGUCGUUCAUAAACAUCGCUUGCAGGAGUACUCAAAAUGCCGCGCGUAUCAAACGCUUUUUAAGAUUACACAUCGUUAAUAUAUAGAUUUAGCCAGGGCUAAAAGCGAAGCUCCUACUAACUCGCAUUUAUAAUUUAAAUCAAACAAUCGUAAACUUGUAUUCCACAAAUCAGUUAACUUUAGAGCUCAUUCAUGUGACUUUUGAUGGAAAGGCUAAGUAAUUUUAGAGAAAAAUGAUUUGCAAACAGUCCAAGCUAAGACUGAAAUUAAUUUGACAUCCACUUGAUAGCCUUAUAUGUACACCUAAAAAAUAGCAUAGCCAUAAUGGUUCUUGAUCACAGUACAUUAGGAAAACAAAUCAGGCCGAAUUUUUUGCGUUCGAUAAGUUUACUUUACAAAAUCUUGCCAACAAGUCUGGGGACGUGUAAACCGGUCAGUGUAAAACGCAGACUGCGGACUGCAGACUGCAGACUGCGGACCAGGGGUAAAAUGCAGACUGAGUGUAAAAUGCAGACUGCAGACUAAGAGUAAAGCGCAGGCUGGGGUAAAAUGCAGACCGAGCAUAAACUGUAGUCGUGGAGGGGUUUAAGGGCAAAAAAAUCCCGCAAAUACACGUAAACGAACACUUACUUGAUGACAUCUGCUUUCACAAAUCCAUUCCUUUCUUCUCUGGAACGUCGUCGACGACCCGAAAACAUAAUCGCAAUCUUGAACCUUUUUUCCAUUCGAGAGACUUCACGCCUCAACUUUUGAUGCGAAGUUUUCGAUAUACGUGACCAGGGACCGUGAACUAGUACAACACCACGAUGUUCACGCUUAAAUGAAAGCUGCUGACCCAAAAUACUGUACAGGAAUUAUGGCGAUAAAAACGGGAGUAAGUCAUUCCAACAACAAAGAAAAGAUGUUCUGCAGGAAAUUUGGAUGACCUUUUAUGAAAGUAUUGCAAAUCAAGGUACGCAGACUUAAGCUGUUUGGAUGUUCAUUGAAACUUCUGGCAAAUGUGCAAUUCACUUCGACUAGGAAGCGAAGUGUGUAACUGAUACCGGCUAGCUAUUUCACCGAUUUGAAGAAGAAGGGGCACAAAUGUUUAAAAAAGUCUACAGUCUUUAUUCUGCAUUUUACCCCAGCCUGCGUUAUACUCUUAGUCUGCAGUCUGCAUUUUACACUCAGUCUGCAUUUUACCCCUGGUCCGCAGUCUGUAGUCUGCACUCCGCAGUCUGCGUUUUACACUGACCGACGUGUAAACCAACUUUUUAUACUUUUUAUACAUCACAUCUGAGGUGAAAAUAGUACCAUGAGGCGCUGUUUUUAUCAUACAGACCUCGGACAGAAUGCAGUAUUUCACAAUUUUGCAAUACAAAUUGCACUCAUUCAAUAUUCAGGACCGUUAAAAAAACCGUUAAAAAAAUUUCCAAAAUCAUCUAUACGGCGAGCCGGUUCUCACUUUUGACAAGCGCCAAAGUCGACUGUUUAAAUUAAGAUUAACACAGUUAUACGCUUCAACAUAAUGGCUUUAUAACGAUGUGUAAUCUUCAAAAGCGUUUGAUACGCGCGGCAUUUUGACUACUCCUGCAAGCUAUGUUCAUGAGCGACUGACAACAAACGGCACAACAGCGAUGAAAAUUGCAAAAGAGACUACUAACAAUCAAUAAAAGGAAAAUAAUUCGGUGAAACAUAUACAGAGACAACAAUUUUCAUUCACGAAGACAAGUAUUAAAGUGUCUCUGAAAAUCCUUGUUUAUGUUUUAAGCCGGCUUCCCGGUGUUUGCCUUUUUCAGAGAUGAACUCGAGGAAAGAAAAUCGCUCAAAGCUUUGUUUUACAGCCAGAAUUAUAACUAAAUAUUCUUUGAAACGUUUUCUUUCCAUUUGCGGUGAGAAAAUGUCUGAAGGCUUUUUAAAGUUCUAUAAGCUUAUAAUCAAACCUGAUACUUGGUCAGAUCAUUGUCUCAAAUCUUACAAACGUGAAUAAACUAAAUAGCCCCAUAAACUACACUCGACUUCAUUGAAUUACAUAUAAAAAACAAACAUCAAAUAAAAUAAUUACUCAGGCUUACCAUUCGAGAUGCACUGAAAACUAAAUCGCUUCAGACUUUUCAACCCUCUCACUCAUCAAGCAAGGUGAAAAACGAAAACGAUGCCAUCCGAGAUCGGAUUUCCGACUUUGACAAGCGACGUAUUUCUCAACCAAAAACCCGAUAAACAAACUAGCCAUGAAUAACAGAAGACUCUUGAUAGCAGGUGAAUUUCAUUUUGUACAAUGUUCAGUGGAGAAAGGCAGUUAAAAACAUCACAAGUUGACACAAAACUCUGUCAGCCUGAGUUUGACUAAUAGUCGCGGGUCGCGUGUCGCGGGUCCAAAGUCGCGGUCGCGGGUCCAAUGUCGCGGUCGCGAGUCCAAAGUCGCGGUCGCGGGUCCAAUGUCGCGGCAGGGGAAAAUGAUUUGGGGUUCAAGGUAACUGAGUGAAAAUGACUGAUAUGAACACAAUAUAAAGGGAAACACAGGCGUACGGGCCGGGGAGGCGAGGGGGGCUGCAGCCCCCCCAAAUUUUGGGCAACUCAGAUUUUUUGGGCAGCGAGAGAAAAUUUGGGCAAAGCCAGUUUUUAAAGACGUCUCCAUGUUUAUUUAAUAAUUUAAAAGUCCUGACUAUUAACAUGAAGUCGGCGUAAUAAUCCAGUUACAUUACAUUGGUUGCCUAGCAUGUGAUAAGUAAUUUACAUAUUUGCAGUUUUUUUUGUUGGGCACUAUACUGCUUUGCACUAGCUGGAAUGAGCUAUUUCCAGUCAUGAAUUGAUUAAAAUAAACUUUCGCAUAAUUUUCUAGAAUCAUCUCUACUCGAAGAACAGAGUAUGGCAGAUAGCAAUUAGCAAUGGGUAUGAAAAUGAAGAAGUGGCUGACUAAUUCUCAGUUUGAAUUACGAGAAGAAUUUUAAUUCUUAUAAAAAAUCUAUCGAGCGGUUUAAAAUUAUUCGCUAAUUUGUUAAAGUAGACCGAAAUGUUUACAAAACCGCUAACAAGAGUGUCUCGAUACAUACUAAUCCAAUCCUUCUUUCGAUUCUAGCAAUCAAGCAGAGCUAUCUCCAAGUUCUUUCACACAUGUUUUUAAAAAGAUUAAAACUACUAUGAGGUGAAAUUGCAGGUCAAAAGCGCUUCGUUUUCUACAGAUAACGGCCAAAAAUCAAGAUUUUCCUGUUCUUACCGUAUUUCUAAUAAUAAAAACUUCAUUGCAAAAUAUCUCGAUAACGCUCUUAAGGUUUUGCUUAAAAUUCACGAACAUCGAGGCGACCGUAUUGGAGAAAAAAAAGCUCCUGUGAACGAUUUUGUAAGGUUCCCGUGCCGGGAAUCAUUGCUGAAGUAAAAUAGGUAAUGGGCGGGGGAGUCAUUUCGUUGCUAUGACAACUCCGAUCCGAUGUCAUUGCAACCCUGAUGAUGACAAAUUUUCAUCUUAAUACAACUGUGGUCGCAAUUUUGCCAAAUGAUUGUUUAUGGCGAAGUAGUUUAUGCUCAGACUUGGUAUUGACCCUGAAAAAUCGUAUCGAGCCAUCUUCAUAUGCCAGGAUGGCCUAUGUUGUUGCAAUAUGGCCCUCAUUUCUUUUCGACUCUUUCGUAAAAAUUUGGGCAACUUGCGAGAUUUUUUUGGGCAAAUGGUUUACCGCCCCCCUGGCAAAAAAUUUCCCGUACGCCUAUGAAGGGAAAAAAUCUUUUUUAUGCACGAUACUCUACGGUAGCCAAUUUACAGGUUACGGAUGUUAGAGUCAAGAAAAUAAUGUUUCAAGAAAAGGCCUAAAAGAAAAAGCUGGCCGACUUUUGUGUUCACCGCAAGUUUAUUUGUUUUCUUUCUAUCGGGCCCAGUUAUGUGUAAAUUCAGCUUUGAAUAUACUUAUGCAUAACAGUAUCUGAUAAAAAAGUUACCAGAAGUUACCAUUGUUUUCUUCUUGUCUAUGAAUUGCUCACAGAUGAUUAGGGGCUCAUUUACUGAAAAAUAUGCGAUACACUUCAUAGACUACCAAUUAAAAACGUUACAACAACUUAAAGCCUUUUAUUAAAAAAAGCGAACUCGGGCUAAAAAAGCUACGAGUCUGUCGGUAGAAGAAACGAGAAGUCUUAUAUUUAACAAAUGUUUUCGGCAAAACUGAAAGAAAAUGUAAAUAGGCGCAUGAAACUUCAUUCAAGCGGUAUUCAAGGCAUGAAUUUAAUAUGGAAACAAGUAAUAAUCCACAGAAAGGAGUCUGUUCCUCGAAGCAAGAUUCUCGCUUAAUGCUUUUAUUUUUAUAACUGAGACAGCAACCCAGAGUGUUCAAUAUAACUUCUUGCUCUCUUUACCUAAAUGGCAACCAGGACAACCUGACAAUAGGAAGCCAUUCAAUGUGCGUCUCAGUCAAAUCUUGAAAACAUGCAUGGUAACUAAGUGAGUAAGUAGGUAAGGAAAUAAUAACGAUAUCAUGAAGCUGAAAAAGAAAGUAAACCAGACACUGAAAACAGUAAGUUAUCAACUCCACCAGAGCUAAAAAAAGACACUAAAUUAAGUAAGUAAUUCCAGAUUCCAGGUACCGGAUUCAAGUCUUUGUCAGUAGAACCAAGAGACUAUGAUCUAUUCUCUCUUGGUAGAACUUGGAUUCCGGAUUUCAAUCGUUAGUGGGAACAAACUCCUUUCUGUGGACAAGAGAGGAUAAAGAUCGAGCUUUAUCCCGUCUUGCUGUGGAUUAUUACUUGUUUUUUUUUUAAUUCAUGCCUUGAAUACCCGCUUGAAUGUACUUUACUGGCACUACAAGCCCAAAACCUCUCCUCCUGUUUCCAGUUACUUGUGGUCGCAAACUCCCAAAAUAAACUCUUUGCAGGAAGUUUUUCAACAAGCGUUUUUUUUAUUUUUGCCGAAAACAUUUGUUAAAAUUGAAAGAGUUCUCGUUUCUUCUACCGACAGACUCGUAUCUUUUCGAGCCCGAGUUAGCCUUUUUUAAAAAAGGUUUUAAAUUGUUGUCACGUUUAUAAUUUGUAGUCUAUGAAGUUUAUCGCACAUUUUUCAGUAAAUGAACCCCUAAGCAUUUGUGAGCAAUUCAUAGACAAGAAGAAAACAAUGGUAACUCAUGGUAACAUUUUUUAUCAGAUACUGUUAUGCAUAAGUAUAUUGAAAGCUGAAUUUACACAUAACUGGGCCCGAUGGAAAGAAAACAAACAGAACUUGCGGUGAACACAAAAGUCGGCCAGCUUUUUCUUUUAGCUCUUUUCUUGAGACAUUGUUUUGUUUACUCUAACAUCCGUAACCUGUAAAUUGGCUACCGUAGAGUAUCAUGCAUAAAAACGAUUUUUUCCCUUUAUAUUUUUUUCAUAUCACUCGUUUUCACUCAGUUACCUCGAACUCCAAAUCAUUUUCCCCUGCCGCGACAUUGGACCCGCGACCGCGACAUUGGACCCGCGACCGCGACAUUGGACCCGAAACCGUGACUUUGGACCCGCGACCCGCGACCCGCGACUAUUAGUCAAACUCUGUCAGCCUCAGCUGUCAAAGUAAACAAGUUUCAAGAUGCUGCAUAAUUUUUCCGCACGAACUCACCUGUCAAAUUUUGACCAAUCAGAGCAUACAAAUUGGACGUAGAGCGUGACCAACGCGUGACCUUGGUGAGAAAAGUCAAAAGCAACUGGCAUGUCUUCCCUGCCUGUAAAAACUGGCUGAAUCUUAGCUUCUGAGGUCAGUUUGAAAUCAAAAUUUUAAUUGUGCGGCACAUAUAAAACACAACCUAUUUCAUAUGAAUUAAAAAAAUUAAACUUGAGCCUGCAGUCAUUUGAAAACUAGUAACUUGUCAGCGGAUAACUUCAAAAAAUACUCGACCUCGAUGGUUCGACCCCUGAACCCGCGAUACGGUCAGGUGAUAGUGGUCAGCGGGACCUUGUUUUGACAGCUGUCAAUUGAUCACAACAUUGAUGUGCAAUAUGUGAGCAAUAUCAGUCUUCCUGUGCUCCCAAACUAGCUAGAAAGUGUGGGAUUGAACAUUGGUUUCCCUGUGGUGCGGACGGACGGGCAGCGGGCGGGCGGUGUACGGUCACGUGAUUACCAAAUUUUCUGGGAUGGGUAGAUUUACUUACCCAUGGUGCUCCGCAGGCGCGCUUCGCGCGCCAGAGCUCCGCUAUAAAACAAUUAAAUAAAAAAAAUAAACACAAUAAAUUCUUUAUUAUGUUGAAGCGUAACUCUUUUAAUGUUCACUGAAAAUUUGGCGCUUGUCGAAAGUGAGAACCGGCUGGCCGUAUAGGUGAUUUUGGAAAUUUUUUGAACGGUUUUGCUAAAAGCCCACGCGUGCUUCGUACGGUUCUGAAUAUUGAAUGAGUGCAAUUUGUCUUGAAAAAUUGUGAAAUACUGCGUUUUGUCUGAGGUCUGUAUGAUAAAAACAGCGCCUUAUAUUACUGUUUCACCUCAGAUGUGAUGUAUAAAAAGUAUGAAAUGUUGGUUUAGACGUACCCAGAGUUGUUGACAAGAUUUUGUUAAGUAAACUUGUCCAACGCAAAAAAUUCGGCCUGAUUUGUUUUCCAAGAAUUCGUUUUCCAGGCCUGAUCUACUGUGAUCAAGAACCAUUAUGGCUCUUAAAUGUGAUCGAAGAUGAUUGCUAUUUUUUGGGUGUAUAUAUAUGGCUAUCAAUUCGAUGUAAGAUUUUUUUUUUCACUCUAAAAUCAUUUAGCCUUAGCUUUCCCUAAAAAGUCACAUAUGUGCCCUUAAGUUAACUGAUUUGUGGAUUACAAGUUUAUUGUUUGAUUUAAAUUAUAAAUUUCUUAAUGUUAGCUUCGCUUUUAGCCCUGGCUAAAUCUAUAUGUUAAUCUCUUUACUUAUAUGCUAAUUAUUAAUAGUUGAUGUGUUUGCAUACACCUUAAUCAGGGUAAAAUUACUUUCUAUUAAUUGAAUUUCCUUUUUCCCGGGACUCGACACUAUAUAUAUUUGUGCCAGACAUUGCUGCAUUAGGCAAUAUUCACACUACAUAUAAUUACACUUCAUCCAUUAAUAUACUACCUCAAUACCUCCUCUUACUCAUUUUAUGAUUUUUAUUUACCCAAUACUGUAGUGGACAUAGCUCCAUAGCAGUUUGUGCGUCCCUCACUAUUGUUGUACUCUAACCCACUUAUGUUUUUCAUUUUGUUUCUUUUUGCUAUAUUACUGUAGGCUUAACUGCAUUGCAGUUUAUUAGUCCCUCAGUUACUUUGUUUAACCAUUAUCCUCAUCCCCUGCACACACCAUCUACUCCUUCACCUACUGAUUCUAUGGGUGGAGGGGAACCCAUGUAUUUGGUGAUCCCUUUCCCAACACCCGGCAAGCCCCAAAGGUUGCUAGAGAAACUACUGUUCUUUUUUUAGCAAAGAAAAAAAAAUUCCUCUGCACGUGCAUCACACUUUUUGGUACCUUUUUAUCGACGUCCUCUUUCCCAGGAUACGAAAGGAAAGGGAUUCUGGACACCAUUUACAUAAAGGAGCACGAAAUUUUGAAAAAAAAUCCAAUGGUUCACCCCAUUCCGUUUGCCAAAGCUUAAGAAGAUGUCGGCUGUCGUUCGAGGCGAUGUACGUUUUUUUACUCAUUCUAGUAUCUUUAUCACAUUUGGUCACGCUUUGAAGCGGCUCUUCUACUACAUGGUGAUAUUAAAAUCCAUCAUUUUUUACAUCGGAUGAUGGAAAGCACCGAGACCGAGGCCGUGUUAUCCCGUUUUCCUGUUAUUCGGAAUGGACACUUUGACUUUAGGUCCUAAUUGGUACAGCAGUCAAUACAAAAUGGUCACAUGACCAUGCUGGUCACAUGAUCAGUGGUCUUGUGACCUAAUGCAGUCGCCAUUUGGACAAUGAUAACGAUGUUGUUGCUGUCGAAAAGACUAUUUAAAAAGAUUCACCUCGUUCAAUAAAUUAAUUUUUUGCAACAUACACUCAGCUUCGCUAAUAUCGUUAUCUCAACUUAUUUCUUACAGCGUCAACCUGCAAAGACAUUUAUGACAAGAAUUUGUAAGUACAAGGGAUAGAAAACAACCUACUGUAAAAAGACACUGAACCAAAUUUUGAAAUAUAUUUUUAAAAUCUCUGAGCUUUCCAAACUAAAAUUGUUAAAAUCUCUUCUUAAUUUUCUCCACUAACUGGUAACUUAAAUACACGAAAAUCGGGUAAGUCAACGUUGAGAAGAUUUUCUGGAUGACAAAGAAUGGAAAUUGCUAUGAAGUCAGUAAGAAAAUAUCAACGAAAUUAAAAAGAGGAAAAUAGCAGUAAAUUAAGUACAGUAAGCCAUACUCGUAUUCAACACCGAAGGUCGGUAAUAAAACAACAAAAUGAAAAGGAGGAAAGAAACUUAAUUCAUGAAUUUAUUCAGGAGUGUUCGCUAUGGUCAAGGCAAUUACAGUGUUCAGUUUUUGUAGUCAGUGAAAUGUACUUAAUCUCUGAACUAUACAAAAAUUGGAGUUCCUGAAGCUUAGGCAAGACCCUGAACUCAUAGCAGAAUCACUGCAGAUAGAACCAAAAGAUUGUAAAGGGCAAUUAGUGAGGUAAGUCGAUUGCUAUAGUGUUAAAUGUGUGCACGACAGAAGCAAGUUUCAGAUGUUUUCCUUCACUUCUAACUAUCCGCUCAAUUCAUCUCCUUCGUAAAUAAUUUUUUUUGUGAAUAAAGGUAUUCUAUCUGGUGUACAAAACCCCGGAGUUAAAGACAAGACAAAUGCUAAAAGACAUUGUACUUUAAAAGUUGUAAAAGCAACCCAAUAACGUAACUGUCACAUAAAAACCAAAUACGUAAUACAAGCAGACACAAUUCUAUAUUUAUUGGGUUAUAUGUAUCGAGCUUUCCAAGGUUUUUUGCACAACAUUUCGCAACGUCGUUGCAGAUUCAGCUCAACUUUGGCUAUCCCGACCUGACUCCAAAACAUAUUCCCAUACCCAUAACAAAGAAAGGCAUACCUUAUUCUAAAUUCGCCAGAUUUCCUAAGAAAUUAGUCCGCUCUAACAAAAGGAAAAGUAGCUAUGUCAUUCUGAAUGAACUUAGCCAUUUUGGUGGCAUGUUUGACCAGGUCCAAAGGAAACGCAGCGUAUUUGCUGGAUGUUGGGUCUAGAAAGGUUCCCGUAUACUGUCACAUGACCAUGCAAGAUCUUGAUGCAUGCAAAGGAGGGGGAUGGACGCUGAUAAUGAAGAUCGAUGGCUCAAAGGUAUUAAAAGUUAAAUUUUUAAAAGCUGAUUAACUACGUGGUCGCUCAUUAACAAGCUUACUCUCCCUAUUAAGGAAAACUUUUAAUGCUAGUCAGAGCAAAAUGCAAGGAGUUCAAUGCUUACCUGUUUUAAGACUAGUAGAUGAAAUAUAUAUUCAGCUUAAGACAAAGUAUGAACAAGGAAAUGGCAGCAGUAAUAGACUAGACAAGUGAGCUCAAGCAAAGGCGUUGUGAGUGACUCACGUCAACUGGAAAUGAUGCCUUCUCCCUUUUAUCAUGCCUUAACGCUACCAAAUUUGUAUUGCUAAGUGUGUUAACUCAAACAGAGACGAUUUGGACGUAAAUCUCGGCAAAAGUACUGCCCAAGAAAAGACGUCUACUUUCGGUUGACAUGCGUCGCUCAAAAACGUCUUUGCUUAAAUUCCCCAGUGAGACCAAUUGAAGCGACUAGACCUGACUUUCAGACCAUAUUUCAGUUCCCAAAGAGAUACAACAGCAAACUGACCAACUACUCUUUGUUUCAAAUGCACCCCCCAGGACACGUUUCGUUACUAUUCUGUUCUCUGGAAGAACACAAACGACUUCAACCUUCUAGGUGGGAAGACUGGGUUGGACACUAACGAGACCAAGUUACCGACUUAUUGGAACACACCGUUUAACAAGAUCUGUCUUGGAAUGAAGGUCGAUCAGCAUUUCAAGUCUGUUGUCAUCAAACAUCAAGCCACAUCCCUGUACUCACUGAUCGAAGAUGGCAAAUACCGACCUACUUCACUGGGCCGUGACACGUGGAAGGAGCUCAUUGGGUCUCACGCCUCUUUGCAACGCAACUGUAACAAGGAGGGAUUUAACGUUCGAUGUAGCGUUGGUCGCCAUUCCAAAGCGAGAAUUGGUAUCGUUGCUAACAAUGAAGACGAUUGUGGCACCUGCGACUCCAGAAUCGGGUUUGGCACUGGAGGACAUCCUGAUGCUUCCAACACGUGUGGCAACCAGCACAUCACAGCGAUGGGAUACAUCUUGGUCCAAUAACAGCUGUAAUUCGCUGAGAAACUGUUUUCUAACCGCCGUCUAAAAAGGCAGAAGUGGGCCUUAAAGACAACUAAGAUACUUUAGAUUGUUGUAAUAUGUAGUUUUAAUCGAAGAAAGGAUUAGCGCUGAAAUAAAAAACUGAUUCUACAAAAAGACUGUUCUUUGACUAUCUUUCUCUACAUCAUUUCUAAAAGAUGAAGGAUCACCUCAGGUUAAAAGAUAACUAAGCGAUCCCGACGAAAGAGUACCGACCGUGACGAGGUAAUCGACAAGAGCCGUAGGCAGUAUGAUAUUCAUCCCUGGGUAUUGUUAUUCAUGACAUUAUAAAAGGGUAUGGGGAAUCAAUCCGACCUGAGACAAGCCCAAGACAGACUGAAUUGAAUAUAGGUAAUGUGGAACCCGUCAACACUUACUCGCUCGGGAGAGUGUAUGGGUCGCCAAUCGCCCUGCAUGUCGGGCAACGGUAGUGAAUGGGAGAAAGCGUGCCAAUGUUUUACUUUUUAUAUCAUUAAUUAAUUGUGAAGAGACCUAAUUUUAGUAAGUUUAUAUCAUGGAAUGUUAAAAUUCAACGUUUUCAUCGAUUGGACAAUUAUGUACAUCGAUAUGGACUUAGCCAUAAUUGUCACCAUUGACUGGCUUCUAUGAAAUUACAAUCCGUUUGAUAUAAGCUUCAAAUAAUUUGUAAGCGGAACCUCAACUACGUUGCAAUAACUAAGGUAGGAAGGAUUAGUGAAUGGUGUAAUGCUCGUGGUAAAGAUUUUGACGAUAAAUAGAAGCUUAAUUUGUGAAUUAUUCCAAUAGACUUAUAACUAGCCACAUGAAAGGAACUUUCGGUUUUCAGGUAAAAAUUUCAGCAGUUUUCACUUCAUCUUUUGUUUGGUUUACCAGUUUAUUCAAUUCAGUAGUCAGUAGAUCAGCCAAAAAACUCUGCAUAUUUGCUAGACAACGAAAAACAAUGCUAUCAACAGCAAAUAAAAUCAGUUGUUAUAUCAUAGUUGAUAAGGUGAAAUGGUUCAAGCCUAUCAGAUCUCUUUGUUAUACAUGUAUCUUUGGACUUAACGGCUCACAACAUUUAAGAGCAACCAAUAAAAACGUUGCAUUAAUUUAUUCAGUCACAAUUAAUGAAAAAACAACAAAGGAUUGUGCACCGUCAGGAUGUAAGGAUCCUUACAUAUAUUAAUUUCAUAACCUUACAUAUAUUAAUUUCAUAACCUUACAUAUAUUAAUUUCAUAGUCUCCUCCACUGAUGUCAUAAAUGGGGCAGAUGAAUUGUUCAUAUCAUUGAUGUAAAGCAGAAAAUUAGAAAAUUGAAGUUCCUGAUAAAGAAUCAUGAGAAUACGAUCACUUCUGUCAAAAAAACCGCGAAAAACAGACGUCAGCCGAAAAAACUCAGCGAGCAAACAGGAAACCAUCCAUAUUUUGCCUUGGUACUGGGAUGACACGCUCUAGAUCUCUUGUACGUGUUGGAUGGUAUUUUCAAAUAUGGCUGCAUUAGAAGCACAGUGAUUCCGCGCCUGCGAAUAUGACUGCCUUUCAACACUCCCCGCCUUUGGGGUCGUGCUCCCUUAUCCAAAUAACCUGUUCUAGACCUUCAGAUGGUGCGGAGCGAGUUUAAUCGUACGCGAGGGUAGUAUUCACAUCAUAGAUUGAGCCUUGGUAACGACAGUACCCGAGGUCCCUGAGCCAUUAGACAGGCUUCAUUUACAGCCGAUGAUAACUAUCGAAAAGAUUUUUUACCUGCUUUUCCUUGCAGCUUACCAUAGGAGCCGAUUUACUUGUUUAAAUGCCAGGCAAAAUCAAGAGGGGGAGAGGGGGAGAGGGUGGGGGGUUGGACACGAGCGGGAGAAUGGCCUGCGUGGCACUCGCCGGAUUUAGGGCGAAGGAGGCGCGUUCCCCUCGCGCGGCCUGUUAAGUAAAUAACAGCCGGCGGCUGCAACGCAGGCUAAGGGGAGUACAAGUAGAAAAAAAAAACAAAAAAAAAAAAACAGGUCAGUUGUACACUUUAGCUUUUAAGGACACAAAUAGGGGUCAUUGUGCCAGGCGUUCCUAGCGGAGACCGUGGAAACUGGGAAUAAGAAUCUUUGCGUGAUCGAAGCCACGCAUGUUUUGCGAAGAAAUCUUAGGAAAGAUUAAAUGUAGGGUUUUUCCGAAACGUGUCGGUCCACGAAUUCUAUCGCUUCACAGCGUCGAUUACUUUGGAACAAGUGAACUGUGGGAGUGUGUUCGAGCAACUCGUUCGCUUCACGAUGAGGUACCAGGAAUCUGAUUUACAUCUUGCCUUUAUUCUUCUUAAUCUUCUUACAAGUUCUACUUACACAGCAACUUUCUCAGUUCUACCAACUUCUCUACUCUUCUUCUCCUACUCUUACUAGUUCAAGUAUAGUAGCGGUUUUAAUAGCCAAAGCUAGACAUGUUUGGGUUAGCUGACCGAAAGAGAUUCUAUUGUAUAUCUUAUCGCUAACAUUGCAACAGGUUUGCUAUUAUUAGGGAAUAGAUUAGCUCACGCACAGCCGCGACUGACAAGUACCAAAGAUCCAAGGUCAGCUCUAACACCACAAACACGACCACCUGUAAUAAACUAACAUCUGACAAUGCCAAGCGAAUAACAUUCCUAAUAUUGCAAUAAGCAAAUUCGCGAGCUAAGCAUAAAUUCAAGUACAAGUAAAAACAAAAGAUCAAAACAUGAAAACAGUACGUGGACAAAAACAAGACUUAAUGAAACAAAAACUAAACUUAAAAGAUAAGAUAGAUCUGUCUUAAGAAAAUAACUUUCAAAAUACUCCACAACAUCAUAUCCCCCCUCCCUUAGAAAAAGCAUCGUCCUCGAUGCAAAAGGACGUAAUACAUAUAAAUUAGUAAUAAGUGCGUAAAUUAUCAAAACCAAACUGUCACACUACACAAUAUCAAUUAAAACAGGUCAACUGUUUAAUGUCAGCAAUAGUUCAGUGUUCAAUGCAUUGUUCUUGAAUCUUGUGACUUGAAAACUGGAGCUAAGUAAAUUGAUGACAGUGUUCUUGUGAAGGACUUGACUUCAGAACCACUUGAAAACACUUGAAUUAACAGCAUAAAUCAUCCUGUAGUAGCAUAAGGAACGGUUGCUAGAAAUGCCAUUUCAACUUGAAUGUACCGGACAACGCACACCUGGAAGACAAGGCUAUCUUGUUCGUAAAUGUUAUGAAACAAAGCUCCAAAUGAAGCGAAAUCGUCUGAAGAAGACAGAAAGUACUGGCCAGUGAUAAGUAUCAACAAGCACAGUUCUGCUUAACUGUAACAAAGAAGGGGUCAAACUGGACCCAACAGAGUAGCCAAUGCCAUGCUGAGUGAUCAAAGUGUGUUUAGACUUUUUGGAGACAAACAAUUGGGUAAAAUCACCGACAAGCCAUCGAAGAACAAUUGAAGAAUCGGUCAUUGAAUACAUGGCGAAAUACCAAUGCAAGCAACUUUAUAAAAAAAAAACUAUUACAAAGCGCGUAAUAUAUCUAAUUAUCUAAUUUCCGACGUUUAAGGAUAAUACCUAUUUUACACAAACGUAUUAAACAAAAUAGCCACAGAAACAAAACAUAAAUAUAGAAGCCAAUAGAUCAAAAGAUUUUAAAAAGACAUUAGAUGCAAUAAUUUCACGUGCGCAUAACUUGAUACUGAAGAUAACUUAACUUGAACUUCUGAAGACAAAAACUUGUCAAAUUCAUGAUAUAAUGUAAACAACAACUUACAAAAAGAUUAUAGAGAGACUUGAGAAACGGAGAGAAGGCGUUCAGAAAUUCAUGGACCAAAAAGAUAUUUUGCCUUUGGGUGUUACCGAACUCAAUUCAUGGGUAAGAGAAAAUCAAAAAAAUAUAAGCCAAGAAGUAAGGUAGACUACAAAAACUAGAAUUAUUUUUGUGAUUGAAGAUAAUUAUCAAUGACACGUCUAUCCAAAAUAUGGUGUUCCGGUUCCCACGUUGGUGGUUCUUAGGAAAGGUGAGCCACUUGACCAAGUACUUAACCUUUCCAUUUCUCUUUCGAUGUUUUAGAAUUUUUUCAGCACUGAACACAGUUUCAUUGUCGAUAACAAUUGCUUCCGCAGUUGAUUCUUUUGCAUUUUGAAGUUGAUUCUUUGUCUUUUCUUGGUCUAAUUCUUUGUUUACCUCUUUCUCUUUUUGAGGCUGUGGGGACAGUGGCACCUCAACACUAACUGUCUUUAAGUCAGUGUCUUUAGAAUUCGCUUCAGCAGAAAUUGGCUCAAAACAAUCUUUUGGAAUAUCCGAUUCAUUAAUGUACGCCUCGGCAGGGUCAUCAAAAGGCGGAGGAUCAAUUGGUCUCAAACUGGGAUCAACAAAUGGCUUCAUACGAUUUGCGUGACACAAAAAAGCAACUUUUUUUAUUGGUGAUCGUGCGUAACUUAAAAUGAACCGGUGACAAUUUCUCAACAAUUCUGUAUGGACCCAACCAAUUAUGCAUUAACGUUUUGGAUAACCCUUUUCUAGUUCUCGGUGUAUAAACCCAAACAUGUUGUCCAACUUCAAAAACAGGUUCUUUUGUCUUUUUAUCGUAAUAAUCCUUCAUUUUUUGUUGUGAACGUUGUAAAUUUUGUCUCGCUAAAUUUUGAGCCAAUUCGACUUUCUCGACAACACGUUUUCGAUAGUCAAGGAGCGAAGUGCUUAAGUCAUCAGCCACAGGAGGCAAAUACUUAACGUCAAUUGGUAAGCGUGGCUCUCGCCCAUAAUGAACGUAAAAAGGAGAAUCCCCAAUUGCAUGUAAAACAGAAGUCCUAUGAGUAAACAAAAUAAGCGGUAUGAACUCUUCCCAAUCUUUCUGGUUUUUGGAAACGUACAUUGACAAAGACUGACACAAGGUAGAACUAAACCUUUCUACAAGACCAUCGGUCUGUGGGUGAUAACGAGAAGCAUUGACCUUUUGAAUUUGAAAUAUUUUACAAACUUCUGCAACGACCUUAGACGAAAAGUUAGUUCCCCUGUCAAAGAGCAACACACGUGGAGCCCCAUAUCUAAAGAUAAUUUCAUCAAUCAAAAGACAAGCAAUAACAGUUGCUUCGACACUAGGCACUGGGAAUGCUUCGACACAACGAGUUAAAUAAUAGCUAAAAGCUACAAUAUACCUACUGCCUCUACUAGAAGGUGGAAAAGGACCUAAAACAUCAACAGCCACUCUGUCAAAUGCACCCUCGACUGGAAUUGGAAGUAAAGGCCCGGGUGCACAUACCUUUCCACCAGUAUCUUUGCUUAAGUUUACUAAAACUUUGCUCAAGCCAAAAUGAGCACCGGCAAUAUGAUCAUGUACAUUAGAGAGAAUUUCAAAACGUAAUUCAGCUGGGACAACAAGCUGAGAAAACGAUUCACGAGCAUUACGCCUUCGAUUAAAAUCAAUGUGGUAAAGCAAACCAUCUUGACCGAUAUAAAAAUUAUCGCUUGUGAGUAAAAUCUUGCGUGCAUCUUUAUCGUUAGUAGGUAGGAUAUCAUUCUCUAGAAAAUCAAUCAUUGCAGCUAAUUCAGGAAUUCUUCUUUGCAUUUCUUGAGUGUGGGGCGUUUGAGGUUCUUCUUUCUUGAGCGACCUUAUUUCACAAGAAUCAUAUGGACGUCUAGACAAACAAUCAGCAUUACCAUGGAUUCUACCAGGGCGAUGAACAAUAUUAAAGUCAUAUUGUUUCAAAAGUAAGCCCCAUCUAGCAAGACGACCAGAAGCAUCUUUAACAUUCAUUAACCAACAAAGAGAACUAUGAUCUAUAACAACAGUAAACUUAUGAUUGUGUAAAUAAGGCUGAAAUUUCUUAAUACCCUCAACUAAUGGGAGAGCUUCUCUUUCUGUGGUACUAUAAUUUUGCUCUGCCUGAUUCAAACCACGGCCAUUGUAAGCAAUCACUACUCUUUGCCAUUUUGAAUUUGUGCCAAGGUAAAACCGAUACCAGUAGAGCUAACAUCAACAAAUAGCAAAAAUGGUUCUCUACAAUUAGGAUAUGCCAAAAUGGGUGCAGAAACUAAGGCACGCUUAAGCUUGUCAAACGCCUUGGCACAAGCUACCGUCCAAACAAAAGGAACGUUCUUCUUUGUCAAAGCAUUCAAAGGGUUGGCAAUAUGUGAAAAACCUCCUACAAAACGUCUGUAAUAAUUAGCAAGACCUAAGAAACUUCUCAAUUCCUUCAAAUUUGUGGGGGUGGGGAAUUCCUGAACCACCCUUACUUUGUCUGGGUUAGGACUAAUACCUUCUGGCGUAACUACGUGACCAAGAUACUCUAAUCUUUGUUUAACGAAACUGCAUUUCUUUGGAUUCAACUUAACAUUGGCGUCACGCAAGCUUCUAAAAACUUCCUCCAAAUGGACUACAUACUCAUCUACAGACUUAAAGAAAAUGAAACUCUGAAUAUUGUUUUGGCUGUUGACAAACGUCUGAAGAAUUAUGUUGAGCAUCCGAUGAAAUGGAAUUUUUGCCAAUCUCAAAUGUUGCUAAAUCAUUAUCAACACGCUCAAAAUGUGCCAAUUUAGUCCUCCGAAAAAUUUUAACUGGUUGAGCGGAAGGGUUUACCAUCCUAACAGGAAUAGUUGCAUCACUAGAAACCUUUACGAGCUCUGACAAUCCAAAAACUGAGUAACGGUGAGGUAAGUCCAUAAAUUUCAUUGGCACUGGUGUUUACCCCUUUCGGCAUUGAACUUAAUCUCCCAACGACAACGACUUCUGAUUGAGCGGGAAUAGUAAAAGAAUUAUCAGAAUGCACUGACAAAAUACAUUGAUCAAAAACUUCAGCAUCCAAAUCAUAACCAAUACUAUCAGCAAAGGGAAGGGGAUCCUCGGGGUGGGAAAAUUCAAUGAUGUUCUCCAUAAAAUCAAUUCUCGAACAAUAUUUUUGAGGAAAAUCUCUCCCCAAAACAACGUCAUGAGUUAAAUCUUUGAUAAGAUAGGCUUCAAAAGGAAAAACAUCCGACUUAAUAACAAACUUGAGCCAUACUUUACCAAGAACACCAAGAGGAGAACCACUUACAGUCGUUACACUACUGGUCGACGAGGAAUCUAAACAACAAUUUUGGGACUAAGAUAGUUGUCCCAAACUUGCAAACUAAUUCUUGUUACAGCUGCUCCUGUGUCCAGGAGUGCAUGAUAACUAUUUCCUUUUAUUGUUACACUUACAUUAAAAUUGUCACUCUCGGAAGGAUGAAUAGAAUCAAUUUUACUGGAUGUCGCAGGCAAAGAAACCGUGUU